AUGGCAGUGAAAACCUCGGACCACCCAGAGCCUCUGCAUACGUCUCGCAUUAACAGCAUAUCUUCGCAGUUCAGCGAUGGGCCCAUCCAGAGUCCUUCUGCUCGAAGCAGCACUUCUUCCUGGUGCGAAGAACCAGUCCAGUCCAACAUGGACAUUUCUACUGGGCACAUGAUAUUGGUAAGGCACUAAGGCUGUUGAAUUCAACUCAAGAGAGGAGCUUCAGGUGCACUGUGGGAAAUGCAAUGCAUAAAACUUUCUUUUUAAAAACAAAAAAACAAUUCAAAGUGUUGGUGCUGACCUUUAAAGCCCUAAACGCCCUCGGUCCUGUAUACCUGAAGGAGCGUCUCCACCCCCAUCGUUCAGCCCGGACACUGAGGUCCAGCUCUGAGGGCCUUCUGGCGGUUCCCUCCCUGCGAGAAGCCAAGUUACAGGGAACCAGGCAGAGGGCCUUCUCGGUGGUGGCACCCCCCCUGUGGAACGCCCUCCCACCAGAUGUGAAGGAAAUAAGCAGCUAUCUUAACUUUAAAAGACAUCUGAAGGCAGCCCUGUUUAGGGAAGUUUUUAAUAUUGAAUGCUGUAUUGUUUUUAACAUUCGAUUGGAAGCUGCCCAGAGUGGCUGGGGAAACGCAGCCAGAUGGGCGGGGUAUGAAUAAUAAAUUAUUAUUAUUAUUAUUAUUAUUAUUAUUAUAAUAAAAACAAAAAACCCCAGCUCUUUAAAAGCCAGUAGGAUUGUUAUCUUCUUACCAAUCUUUUUUACUUUAAAGUUAAUCUUAGCGCUUUGGUUUUGUUUCUUCUCAUUAGUGUCUUGGAGUGCAAGUCCAGCCCUAGAUCCACCAGGGUGUGCGAGUUUAGGAUAUGGAGCAUCUCUGAAGAUAUGCAGACUUAACUCCCACAUCCCAGGGCUGAACUUGCUGCGUAGAACCUAUGCCAGUGUCAUCCCCGAAUAAUGGAUGUUCUGGGGGCAGGAGGGACUCGUAACUCAGUUCAGUUCAGUCACAUGACCUGGGAACCCGGCAGAACUAACCAGCAGAAAGGAUGGUAUAAGUCAAGCUAUAUUUAAAAGGCUUGUUUUCCCUCUGCCAGGUUUAGGCUAGGCCGGCCAGCAGCAGCCCUGCUGCUAGAUGGAAUAAAUUAAAGCGCUAGCUUCAAAACCUUAGGAAGCAGCCUCUCACACGGAUAGAAAAUGAAUCUCAAGAUUCUUGGGCAGCAAGAAUCAGAAUGGGUGUUUGGAGUGUGCAUUGCAAAAAGGCCAAUAUUCUGGCACCUGGCAUGGCAGCAAAAGGGGUCUAGGUCUAAGUUCUGUUGACAGUCUAAACAGAUAUAUCUGUGUAGCUGUCUGAACGCUGGAUGCUUUCAGGUGUUUUGGGUAGGUGAGCAACAGCUUGGUUUCUUGCUCUAUAAUUAUGUCACGGACUUGGCCAACACAAGCUCUGAUGAGGAGUCUGUAUUGUCUCCCUACAGCACUGCUUUUUUCAAAAUGCAAUUCCUCCACCUCCUCUGUCAUUGCCUUCUUAGUUUUAAGUUGCUGGUUUUGUGGUGUGUUUUUUUAAUUGUUAGAAUUGAACAUAUACUCUAAACUUUAACUGCAAAAGCCAAUUUCAAUAAAUUUCUAUAAAACUGACUUAAAACAAAACUGUUAAACAGCAGGUACUGAGUCUGAACAGUUUUCCUAGCUAAAUAACUUCCUGGGGCUCUGAAUUUUAGUAUAGCAGACACAUUCAGAUAUGAGAAUUGGAUUCAAUAUGCAAAAAAAACCCCAACACACAAAAAAACCCCAACCGUUACACCUUUUCAGAUCUGUUUCCCCCCUCCCCCCAUGCUCUGCUCCAACCUAUUGGUUUACUUUCUUGUAGGUCACAACUGGAACUAGUUCACUGAUACUUUGGUCUCACAAAAUAAUGCCUUUAAAAAUUAAAGAAAACUUUGUCUUGCUAAAGUUUAUGGUUUGUGCCUCCAAAAGGAAAGCUCGUUUUGAGAUAAGAUCUAAUAAAAUAAAGAAAUAUAAAUGGAGAUGCACGUGCUAAAGAAAUGUUUACCGUGAUCAUUUGUGUAUUAAUAUUUGAUCUGUCAACUUGACAAAAGCUGGAAUUGGAUUCAGGUUGCAUGUUUGAGCACUUUUCUGUGUUUUUUAGUUGGUUAGGAAUAUAGCAGUGCUGUUUCAUUAUCCACACUCAGUUGUUGUCAUUCAACCUUGAGUAAGCUGAUAUUUGGUAGAUAAAAAAGAGGACAACAUGUGUUAUGCAUUAGGUUGUAAGGGUUCAAAAAAAGGGCUGCUGAAAUGUUGAUACAGCACUUUGGGAAUCCGAACUGCAAGGCAUUCAUUGCGAGUGUGUACAAAUUAAACCCACUGAGCCUAAAAUAAGCAAAUAGCAAUGAUUCGUGAAAAUUCUGUGUUGCUUUGCCUUGGUCUCUGUGAAAGACAAAGGGCAGAGAAAAUUUCUGUUCUUAUUAGAAGGCGCGGUAAUAGCAAUUUUUCAGGAGGUCAGAUGGAAAGGAUUUCUCUUGCUUGAAUGCCAAGAAAAGAAAGUUAAAUGGAAGGUUGAACAGAUGGUGUUUUGUCCAGUGCUAGUGUUUCCAGGAUCCUUUUAAAGACGUGCAAGUUGAGCAUAUUCUUUGAGUACGGAGAGUUAUAUUGCUGGUGAUUAGUGGCCGGUGAGCUUCCUCCAGAAUGCGCAUCUGAUUCUAUUCUAAAGCUCGCUCAUCAUACAUGAGUACACCUAUCAUACAUUUGUUUUCAAUGAAAAUUAGCAUUCUGUCUCCAUCUGUAUCUCUCCUGCUCCCUGUCAUGCCUGCACAAAUGCAUCCCUGUACUCCAGCAUGAUCAUGUCCCCAGUUGCACAUGUGAAUGCCACAUAUACCUUGCUUCCCUUCCAGUAGGCUGCGUCUGAAUAGAGCCAAGACAGAGCCUUUGUUCUUUCCCAAGGCAAGGAAGGACAGCUUGGGGAGCAAUGUGUUCUCUCUAGCUCCAAACAGGUCGUAGUGGGAAUAAGUUAUCUCGCUCAGCUGCAGAUUUAAGCCUGUGGCUUAAAAUGAGACUUUGCUCAGUAGCUUCUGUCUUUGGCUCCAAACCUUUCCACCAUUGUAUUCCAUCAUGUUUGUCCUUUAAGAAACUCCCUGGUCAUCACCUUGACUACCUUCUGUUUUUCGUAUGUGUCAGAGGUUGCAUGCCCAGGGAAUUUCGUAUUAAUACAACGCUAGGCAGAUAUACGUAAAAUAUGAAAAGUUUGCAAUACUUCUUAUUUAAAAAAUAUCCUUGUUGCCAUAAUUGGUACACCAGUUGUGUGAGGCCAUAUUUAUGAGAUCUGUUCUACUCUUUAGAUGGUCUGUGUAUUUGCAGUUGGACAAUGAAAAUACUAUGUCUUUGGCAUUCCAAAUGAGAUAACAUGACUGUGGAUGGUUUUUUCCCCUUCCUAUUUAAAAAUCAACAACUCCUAAUUAUUUGUUCAAAUAUUCUUGCAUAUUGCAUUUCAAAUAAUCUUUGUUUAAGAAAACAAAGCCUUGAGAACGGCAGUAGAAAGCCUCAAAAAUGUGGUUCGGUGAAGACCCAUCGGAAAGAACCUUUAUGUAUUAAAAUAUUGUAUGCAUUAAUGAAACUCACAUUACUUUGGAUAGGGUGUUCAAUCACUGUGCUUGAAAAUAUGUAGCUGGUCUGAAGGGAGGAGAAAAAAAUGUUUCUGUGUAUGUAUUAGUGAGAAAUUGUGUUUUAAUGUGGGUGCCUAGAUAGUCAAGCAGAAAGAUACCAGGAAAUGAAUUACUCUUUGCACUUAUCUUACCUGUCAGGGAAAACUGACUUGUACCAUUCAUUGCAAGAGGCAGCUUGGACUCUUGCCUUGGAGGCACAGCUCUUGUUUCCCCUUCUCUUUGUUCUUAAUUUUCGUUCGGAACAGCUAAAGGCACAUUGUGUUUUUCUACAUUAUUUUUUGGAAGUGGGGAUUUACUUACUGGUUUUAUAACCUGCUUUUCAAACUAAUUUUCCAAAAUGGCCUACAUUUAAGAGACACAUUAUAAGAAUAUAAAAAUGCAACAGUAGCAAUCAAAGCACUAAGAUACAUGGCAAUGCAGAAGGAAAUAAUGGGUGGCACUUCAUUAUUUGUGUGUACCUCUUUUUAGACACCAUCCUAUGGAGAGAAUUCCACACUGUGGUGCCAGCACUGAAAAGGCCCUGUUCUUGAUAUCCACCAAUAGUAUACUUGUUAAUGAUGGACGAGAGAGCAAGAAACUCAUACAAAUUCAUAUAGGCAAAGGACAUCCUUAAGAUAACCUGAUUGCUGCCAGUAAGGGCUUUAAAUUUUAUUACCAGCACUUUAUCUUCAUCCCAGGAAUCAGCUGGUAACCAGGACAAUUGAUGUAGGAUAACUGUCAUUUGAUCUGACUGCCUUGUUCCCAGUGGUGUCCUGGCAACCACAAUUUAUACCAUUUGCAGUUUUGCAACUGUUUUUUUAAAGGCAGCCCCAUGUAAUUGCAGCCUGGAUUGAACUAAUGGAUGGUGAAAAGAGGCCAGAUCCACCUUUUCUAGGUAGUUGGCAGACCAAGCAACUAAAACUGUUAAAAUCCCUCCUGGCUACCAGUACCACCUGAGCUUCCAAUGAUAAUGGGAGUUCUUUCUCCUCUCUUGGAUCAGACAGUGAAAAAUGAGUGUUAUCAGCUGCCCACUGGUGAUGCUUUAGCCCAGAUCUUUUGAUAACAUCAUCUAGUGGUUAUAGGGAGACCAAAGACGAUCGCAGGGGUAGCCAUUUUGCAUUUAUUGGCCAAAAAUCGCAGGUGACCACGCUGGUUCUAUAGGAAGAAUAUCCAAAAGCCACAGUAGUUUGAUACCUGUACAGAAUUCUGUGUGGAAUAUAUGUGCUAAAAGGGCAGUAAGAAUAGAGGAACAGAAAGUUAGAGCUUAUAGGGGUAUUUCCAGCGGGGCAUGGUCCAAGUUACAUAAAUCCACAGACUGCUAUUGGAAAGGCAAAGGGAAUAGGUGCAGCUCUUGAAAAAUGGCUUGCCUUUUUAUUUCUCAGGCAGUAGACUGCUUUGACUGGGCGUGGGAAAAUGCUCCCCACAUGUGGCCUGCCUAUAUUCACAUUGCUACACCUGUUGUUUCCUAUACUGGGGGGAGGAGCCUGUGGCCAUCCAAAUGUUGCUGGACUACAACUCCCAUCAUCCCUGGCCAUUGGCCAUGUUGGCUGGGGCUGAUGGGAGUUGGAGUCCAACAACGCCUGGUUCUGCAACUCUGUCCCAUAACUACCUUAGGCUUUUCUAUUCAUUUUGGGACAUAAGAAAAGGAUGUCAGAUUGAGGUAGUAUUGGACUUUUCCUUUUGAAGGACAAAUAUAGAACCUUUGCUUUGUUUCUAUACAGUGUAAAGUAAAAAACACCACUGCAUUUAAUAAACUUGUAAAUUGAAAAUACAUAUUUAAAUGCAUUGAAAUAAAUCAAUGGAGCUACUGAACAAUAUAAAGUAUCCUCCUUUUAAAAAAAAAUCACACACACAUUCUUGUAGUAGGUUACAAUUUUUUAAAACCAUUGAGUGCUCCAGCUAGUAAUGUAUGUAUUCAGUUCUGGUUUAUUGUCACCCAAAUUUGCUGAAAGAAAGAAAACUGCACAAAAGGAAUCUGAUAAUGGAAGGCAGCCUGGUUGAAUAAACUCCCUUUCUUUGCCGUAUUCUCCUUAUUAACUCUGUAAUUAAUUAUACAUAACUAAGGAAAGCUAUGGAAAUUGCAUUUUGAGAUGUAUCAUAUCUGACUUCAUUUCAGACUUCCAUGCAAUUUACUAUUAAUGAAGCAGGGAUGGAAGCCCCAAAUCUAUAAUUAUUACUUACCAUUUGAAUGACAAGCAAAAAUUAUUAUCAGCAUAGUUUUGAAUGAAAGAGGAUUAAUGCCUAAUGUUGGAAUUGUUAAAUCUAUCUUAUAUUUUUUUUUAAAAAAAAACUUUUCACUAAAGCAUUUUGCCCGUAAGAGUUUUCGAGAACAUUGUUUGCAAUGAAAUUAACCCUCUCCUGGGUUAACAAGGAUUUUCUUAAAUUGGACAGAUUGCAAAUAUUUUUCAAAUGAAUGAAUAUUUUAUGGUGGCUGAAGCUGUUCAUCUGGACACUGCUACAUAGCUCCUUGCUCAUAUAUUGUGUAUCUGAAAUGUAUAUAAACACACACACAGGUAUAUGGAGUAGGGGGGCAAUGCAAUAUCAGAGCAAAGAUGGCUGGGAUAAAGGGUGUAACAACCAACAUUUGAAAAUCUAUUUUAUAUUAGGGGUUUUAACAUACUGACAGUCAUUUUGUUCAGUGUUUGUAGGGUCUAAAAGCGGAGAUGAAAUGCAGUAUUGUCACCAACCAUCGCCAUGUUAAAAUGUCUGAAUAAUUAGCAUUAUACUUGGCAAGUGAGGCCUGUAAUUGCAAUGAGAAUUUUAAUUUGCGUAAUUUAUAUAUAAAUAAGUGUGGUUACCAGCCAGGAAUUUCAAUGGGAUGUUGUGCUGGGUUUUCAUAUCGCUGUUGGGCUAGGUUGGAUAAUACGUGACAUGAAACCAGCAAGGUGGUAAAGGGGGGAUGCGCCUGCCCUUCUAACUGUAGAGAACUCGUUAUCUUCAGUGCAAAUAUUUACACUCUAGUUUAAAGUGCAUGGAAUUUACUUCCAAUAAGAUUUCAGCCUAAAGUGUGCAGAGCCGCUUUGGUGAGUUGAGCGCAUGACAUUGAGCCCUUGCACUUCCUGUCUGAGGCUCCUCCCACUUGGAAGGGUUAUUUAUGGCUCCAAAUGGAAGACACCACAUGCUUCAAUCUAGCCUAUUGGCAUGUAUUCAUAUAAAUAAUAAAUGUGUUCUAUUUGAGGUUGAAAGCAAUCUCUUGUGUUAGCGCUUCUCGAAUUAGACCCAUUGAAAAUAAUAGACAUGACUAACUUAGGUCCAUUAAUUUCAGUGGGUCUGCUCUGAUCGUAAGAUCGCACAAUUUUGACUACUGUGUACCACCUUCUAAAACAGGGAUCAGCAAGCUUUUUCAGCAGGGGGCUGGUCCACUGUCCGCCAGACCUUGUGUGGGGCCAGACUAUAUUUUUUUGGGGGGGGAAUGAUGCAAGAGCACCACGAGCCCCAGUGGCUGCUCACCUGUGUCUUGCGAGCGGCAGGGGCUGGCGGUGGUGGGACGAUGAGCUGCGCGUGAACGGGAUCCGGAGAGGGGCUGCUUAAAAUGGCGGCUGCUCAAGCGCUGCUGCUGCUGCUAGCACCAACAAAGCCCAGCCCCCUUUCUCCUCUAGGCAGGGCAGGGAGAAGCCAGGAGGAGGGAGGGAGGAGGAGGCAGCGCCGUGGGAGGGAGAGGGAAAGAACACGCACGCUGACAGUCCACGUGGCGGGUCCCGGACCAUCUGCAGGCCGGAUCCAGAAGGCAAUUGGGCCUGAUCCAGCCCACGGGCCUUAGUUUGCCGACCCAUGUUCUAAAAAGUGGAUCUGCUACAUAAUGUACCUGUUCUCUAACUGUUCCAGGUGGCUCAAAUAAAAUAUAACUGAUCAAAAUACACCCACAAUUUUCUGUUCAUGUUGAGAAAGACAUAUAUAUUCCUGUGGAGAAAGGCUGGGCUGUGUUUACUGCAUUGGCAUCAGUAGGAAGAUUUUAAUCUAUGUCGCAUCCAAUUGCUAAAGCAGUAAGCAUUUGAUACAUAUUCCCAUAUUUUCUGAAACACCUAUAAACAUUUUUAUUAAAUAUCACUUUCCGUUUCCAUUAGUCAUUGAACAGAUUUAGGCUUGGGCACUGCUUCCUUUUGAGCAUGAACAGAGCUGAGAAAUAUUGUCUCAUUGAGUUGUGUCACCUCAUCUCAGUUUUAAGGGCUCAAAAGACUGUGGAUUAUAUCUGGAGACUGGCUAAUCUGUCAGUUUUGGUUUCUGUCAGUUACUCAGUUUUACAUUCAGUUCAUCCCAUUUCCACAGUUGUUUGCAAACCUUUAAAAAAAAAAAGGAUGAAAAUUUAUACACAUUUUUGUGUGCAUACCCUUUUUUUGCACACACUGUUCCAUAAUAUAAUGCAUUUUGUACAUUAUUUUCACUAACAUACACAUUUAUGUCCACUUUCCCCGAAUAAUAUGCUUUUAUCGGUACAUUUCUUUUUCUGUUGGAGAAUUGCAUCAUAAAAUCCAGAAAAGUGUGAAUUUUGAAGGCUAGUUUGCAUAUUAGUUCUGAAGGUGUGAAUUGGAUAGGUGCACAACAUUGCAGACCGAACGAAUUCCUCCCCUAUUUGUAUUCAGCGGUGUUCCUCUGCUGACAGAAGGCUCUGAGGCUUCUGUCAGAGGAAUUCAUAAAAAGAGGCAAUUAUUACAUAUUCAUUUUCUUCCCUACAGCUCCCAUCACCUUCCCAAAUCUGUUCCAGAGGGUUGGGAACCCAUCAUAAUAGCAUUAGAGGUUGGGCAAGAGGGUAAAGGGUGGUCUUAAGAAAAAAGCCUCCCUCCCCAUUGGCUGAUGGGAACCUCUGCUGGAUCAAGAAUAGUCUGUCAGUAGAAGCACAGCAUUUGCGCAAAUCUCUUUCAGUGCCCUCGACCGAAAGCAUCCUCUGCUUGCCUGCUGGAGAAUGUUGGAUAUUGUUAUGGGAUGGGGAAGAGUACUAACAUCUGUAGGCCCUGUGAGUGUGUGCGUGUGUUAUUGUUAGAAAGUAGCAUGGUGGUAAUUGGGAUGUGCUACCUGUUUUAUUUUAGCAACAUGUGCUUGAGCUUAGACAUAAGGCCCAAAUUCAAACGCCUGCACAGUCAUGAAGUUUGCUGAAUGACUUGGGACAAAUCAUAAGAGCACAAAGAGCUGUCUUAUACCAAGUCAGACCAUUGGUCCAGCUAGCUUAGCAUUGUCUGUGGUGACUGGCUGUGGUUCUCCAGGGCUUCAGGCAGGAGUCUUUCCCAGCCCCAUCUCCCAAGGAUUGGACCUGGGGCCUUUUGUUUCCCCUAAUAUAAGUUAAGAGUUAGAUUUGUGGCUUCAUCUUUGUUUAUUGUGCAUACAUUAUGCAUGCAGGUCUGUGUACACACACAGUUUAUCAGGAUGAUUAAGCUAAGGCUUGUGUGCCAGUUGCAAUCCUUUCUGGUCAGAAAGAGAGAGAUUUUCUAUGCUUAUCUGUUUUUUACUAACCUUCAGGUCGGACUGUUACAUAUACAGUGGUACCUCGGGUUACAGAAACUUCAGGUUACGUACGCUUCAGGUUACAGACUCCGCUAACCCAUAAAUAGUACCUCGGGUUAAGAACUUUGCUUCAGGAUGAGAACAGAAAUCACACGACGGUGGCGUGGCGGCAGAGGGAGGUCCCAUUAGCUAAAGUGGUACCUCAGGUUAAGAACAGUUUCAGGUUAAGAAUGGACCUCCAGAACGAAUUAAGUUCUUAACCUGAGGUACCACUGUAUUGCUGCUUGGAAACUGUGGUCAGGCUCAAAAUGCAGUAACGGGUUGUUGGGGACACAUCUCACAAUUGCUUGAAGAUCUCCACUUGCUUUCAGUCCAUUUCCAAGCACAUUUAAAAUAAUAAUAAUAAUAUAAUAAUAAUAAUACGCAUUAAUACGCAUGUUGGAGGUUUUCCUUUGGGUGCUGCCACUGCCACCUAAGGGUGACAGGGGGGAGCCUUUGGGUUGUGGAGUGCAGAAUGCUUGCAGAAUAAGGGGGUGCUGUUGUAGUGGGAAUGAAACACAUUGAUUCGCUGCAAUUGUCACAUGUCCCUGCGGCAUUUAGUUUAGGCUUAUCCGAUAUGUUGUGUGCCAAGCUAACUCAGAAAUCUCAGUGCAAAGUCCAGUGGCUUCAAGGAACACCUCUUUCCAGUAUUAAAAUUACUGUCCUAAACCUCAUUCUUCGGUUUCAGACAUUGAUUUGCCAAAGCCUUUCUGUGGAGUGACUGGGGCAAGGGGGUGCUCCAUCAUGCCUGCUGUUUUUCUUUGUUUUAUUUCGCGCUUGACAUUUAUUUUACACUUCCUCCCCCAUCUGGCAUCAAAUUGGGGCUUCUGUUUUAUUUGUUCAGUUCUUCUUUUGUUUGUUGUUAUAGAUUGGUGCAUUGAUUGUAAGUGUUGACCAACCCUGGAAGCUGGGAAAUGUUGUCUGUGCAUUUUGCGGAAGUAAAUAAAUAAAUGGCCCCACUUAGCUCAUCCCAUAAUACACAUGAUGCUUGAGCAGCUGAGGAGGUAGAAGAGGACAAGGUAAUGUGUGAAUUGAGAUUGCUGUAGAGAGCAUAUGACUCCUUUGCUACGACAGGUACACAUACUACCAGUCUGGGCACAAUUCCAAGUGCUGGCUAUGACCUAUAAAGCCCCACACAGCUUAGGUCCAAACUUUGUGAAAGACCAUAUUCCCUCAUAUGAACCUCUCUGGGUUUUGAGAUCUUCGGGAAGAUCCCUUCUGUCAGUCUCACCACCCUCACAGGCAUACUUGGUAGAGGUGCAGGAGAGGGCCUUUUCAGUGGCUGCCCCCAACUUUGAAACUCCCUCCCUAGAGAAGUUAGGCUGGCUCCUUCCUUGUCCUUCUGCUGGCAGGUGAAGACUUUUUUUUGUUCCAACAGGCUUUUGGAAACUUAACUGGUUUUAAUGAAAGGGCUGGUGCCAUGCUGUUUUUAUUGCAAUUAAUUGUAUGGGGUGAGCUCCCGUUGCUCGGUCCCUGCUCCUGCCAACCUAGCAGUUCGAAAGCACGUCAAAGUGCAAGUAGAUAAAUAGGUACCGCUCCGGCGGGAAGGUCAACAGCGUUUCCGUGCGCUGCUCUGGUUCGCCAGAAGCGGCUUAGUCAUGCUGGCCACAUGAUCCGGAAGCUGUACACCGGCUCCCUUGGCCAAUAAAGCGAGAUGAGCGCCGCAACCCCAGAGUCGGUCACGACUAGACCUAAUGGUCAGGGGUCCCUUUACCUUUUUAUUAAUACAUUUUACAUAUGUAUGCAGUUUAACUUCUAUUUCUAUGAAGGAAUUCUAUUUUACCUGGAUACCAAACACUUGCAGCAUAAUUGUAUGCAUGUUUGUUCAGAGGUAAAUCCUGAUUUGUUAAGUAGGACUUAUUUAUGAAUCGACACGUCUACAAUUUCUGUCUUGCCCUCCAAGUAAGUUAUGCUUUGCAUUCUUGCCUGUAUACAGAAAGAGCCAAAACAAACUCUGUCUGUUAUUUCCUAAGCCUGUGGAUUUCCACCAGUGUGUUGUGGCACCCUGGGGUGCCUUGAAUGAUGGUCAGGGGUGCCGUGGGCAAGACUGGCCUCUGCCCCUCUUUCUUUCCCUCCCUCCUCUGAUGCCCUCUCACAUCUCUGUCUCCCCAGGGAUUGCGCAGCUGUUUAUUGCAGCAACCCUGGCUCUAAGUUCUGCAGGCUUCUGGGAGGGGUCUCUCUUUGGGGUGGUAGAGGGCAGCUCAGAGACCAGGAACGACAGCAGCAGUUCCCCAAAGGACUCCCAAGGAAAGAGGAGAGGAGGCUGAGGGAACACUCCACAAGGGAGGGUGUUUGAGAAAGGGUGAGAGGCUGCUAGCUCUGCUGGCAAGGGGUUACAUAACUGGGCUCCUGAGCCCCACAGGGGUGCUGCAGAAAGAAUGUACAUUGGUACCUCGGGUUACAGACGCUUCAGGUUGCAGACGCUUCAGGUUACAGACUCCACUAACCCAGAAAUAGUACCUCGGGUUAAGAACUUUGCUUCAGGAUGAGAACAGAAAUCGCAUAGCAGUGGCGUUGCGGCGGCAGCGGGAGGCCCCAUAGGCUAAAGUGGUACCUCAGAUUAAGAACAGUUUCAGGUUAAGAAUGGACCUCCAGAACGAAUUAAGUUCUUAACCAGAGGUACCACUGUAGUUGGUUAAGGGAGCCGUUGGUCUCAAAAGGUUGAAAACCUCUGUCCUAAGCUGAUACCAAUUUGUAGUGCAAAAGUGCUCAUAGUAAACAAUCAUCUUUCAUUGCAUGCCGGGAUAUCUGAAUUGUUAUAGCAACCAGUUAAUACGCAUGCUUGUCCAAGAAAUAUAUGGAUUUCAAAAUGGGCAACUUGAUUUAAAUCAAUCUACGCUGAUUGGGCUCUAAUCCUUAACUACGAUGUCCCUGUGUAAAUGGAGCAUGAGGAUUGUUUAAAUGAAAUUACUCCAUUCUUCUUCAGCAGCAAUCUUGUCAUAAUGAGAUUCCAGUACCAGUGAUUACUCAAGGACGAUGUAAAUUUUGCUUUUAUUUUAUUUUUUGGGGGUUUUUUUAUUGGUUCCUUUGAUCCACAAACAAGGGAAAAUAACCUCUCUCUUUUUGUUCUGAGAGGUGAUUUCUGUGUCUGUAUGUGUGGUUUUCAUUGUCAGAUGAAAGGCUGUGCAAAAGUGAAAAGAGUUAGGUAUUAUCCCCCUUUGACAAAUGUCCCCUCUCUUUUGUUGAAGGUUUAUUUCAGACAAAGUAAUUGCAGGGAUAAAACUUCAUUGCAUAACUUGGAUUAUUUUUAAGGUCUAAGAGACAUCAGGAAUAAUAAAUUAGGAGCCCUUUUGUGCAAAUCUCAGACAUGUUCUCAGUGUACCGUGCUCACCAAUAAUAGCUAUUAAUCUCUAAAUCAGGAUUAUAAAUUGCUUACCUACUUAACAGUAUCUACAUAGUGUAAGAAAGAGCUUUUACACUAUUUCAUUUUUAAGUAUGUAGUUUUGCUGCUGCUCUCUCUUACGCCCUCUUUAAAAAUAUGUAUACCUGAUGCCGUUCUCUUUGAAUUGUUAACAAUGGUUAGAAUAAAAUGUAAUUUUCAGGUGUUCCAAAGGGAAGUGGGUGAAACAAAGCCCUGCAUCUCAGUCCCUACCAGGUUGUAUCCAGUAAUUUCGUUUGGAUUUCACUUGAGCACCUUUGGCAGCUGCAAAGUGUAAGAAAGGAGAUUAGCAAGUGUUUGUCUGACACACACUGAUCCCAGCACCUGCUGAUUGGAUUGAAAUAAUCCUUUUACAUGUUGCAAAACUCUAUUAUUGGAGCAUUAUGAAAAGCAGAGCUAGCAACGGCCACUGCAUAACAAGUAUAUUAAUUUAAGUAAAUAGAACAUAGGUUGCCAUUUAGUGUAAACAUUUCAUUGUGUCAUUUAGUCUGGAACGUAGCAUAGAAUUGUCUUCAGGUACAAAAAAAAAUGUGAUUCCUAGGAGGAGCCAAGGACUCUUUUUUUUAAAAAAAGGUUACAGGGCAAUAUAGUGCUUUAUAUAAUUCUGAUUCAAUUAAUAUGUAAUGUGUCCUCAUUUAAUUUUGGAUAAUUAAUAUGCUUUCCAAAUUGUACUCCUUAUUUAAAAGUGUCUAAUAGUUAAGGAGAAGUUUUUUUGUGUGUGCUGUGGUUAAAAAAAAAAAUCCUUCAUCAAGUAGUGUUUUAAUAAGGCUUAACAGACUUUGAAGAGAGCUUUUCACUGUUGCUGCCAGUGUCCCAAUAUGUUUUUUGUGGUACUCUGGUAUAUCGACUAGCAUACCCCACCGUGGUAUUGUAUCGACUGGUCCAGAAAAUUUCGAGACUGAAUCUUUAAAGUGGUCAGAUGCUGUUGUUGGCCUCUGACUAUGUCAAGUUACAGGGAACCAGGCAGAGGGCCUUUUCGGUUGUGGCACCCUCCCUGUGGAACGCCCUCCCACCAGAUGUCAAAGAGAACAACAACUGCCAGACUUUUGAAGACAUCUGAAGGCAGCCCAGUUUAGGGAAGCUUUUAAUGUUUGAUGUAUUACAGUAUUUUAAUAUUUUGUUGGAAGCUGCCCAGAGUGGCUGGGGAAGCCCAGCCAGAUGGGCGGGGUAUAAAUAAUAAAUUAUUAUUAUUAUUAUUAUUAUUAUUAUUAUUAGAGACAACAGGGUGUGUUAGCAGCACCAAAGUGACCUCCUUGGAGUGCAAGCCUGGGCAGUGUGCAUGGAGGUCCUGUACAACAAGACCCUCGUCUCAGCCUCGCUGAUGUGCUCCAAAGGAAAGCAGAGCAAUACGUUUGGCACCAGCUUGGCUGCCGGAGUUGCCAGAAGGAGACUUACAAGACACCAUCCAACCAUCUCCACUCCAGACUUGUGCUGUGUGUACUCAGUAGCCCUUUCUUCUCCCCAAGAUAUCCCACAAAGCAGCAGAGAUUUUAGAUUAGAGUUUUCCUUCUCCUAGAUGGGCUCCCUUCCCAGGUUGGCAAGCCCCGCCUGCCACUCACUUCCCUCGACAGUACAGGUAGAAACCACCUUGACCAUUGGACCCAUUAUUGGUCUUGUCUGCUCAAUCCACCAGAGCCUGUCUUCUCAUGCAGAGGAAGUCCAUAAUUCACUAAGUGUUCAAGACCCAUUGGCUACCCUCACCCGGUUUAGCCAGCCAGCCGAAGCCAUUUCCAGGGUGCUGCCACUGUCACAUGCUGAAAGCCACAGGUGAGAGCUGAGUGCAGAGUCGGGGACCAGAGGGACCUCUAUCACCCAUACAGUAAUGCAGUGCACUAUCAAAAAGAAGACGAUAUAAGCACAUUGGAUUAUAUCGUACAGGCAUUAUUCCUCCAGAUAGGGAGGAGGAAACCAGACGUCAGUAUCUGGCGCUUUUCAGAGAGCAGAUAAUUAAAACAAUGUGCUGUCGUACAAAACAUUUUCCUCUGUGACCUCUCUGGAAACAGUUUUUAGUGCUUUUAAUGUAUUCUGUAGAGAGGGGUCAGGAAAUCUCAUAGGAAAGGCAUGAAUUGCAGAAAGAGGGAGGGUUUUAUUCUGUUUGCAUGAAAUGCAUACAUUAUAUGGUGGAAGGCAACUGACACUUUAUGACAAAAGUGUUAAUUUACUGAAUUUGCCUCUGGGGGAUGAGUUCAUCCGUGAGAUGCAGGAGAUGAGCUAAUGGGUCUCAGUUUUAAUUCUGUUUAAUAGUGUGUUUUUUUCAACCCAACUCCUGCUCUGAGACACAUCAAGCCCAAUAAAAAUUGCUGCCCCCUCCCAUCUUAAUUGGUUAGAAAGCAGAAGUAUUGCAUAGCAGCAAUGGGGAGUUGAGUUUUGCAUCACCUAAGGAGUCUAUCGUGUAAUAAGUACAUUUGUCUUAGCAAUUGCUACAAACUCUGUAUGACCUAUUACAGCUUCAUAUGAUCUCAGCAACAUCAGUACCUAAGUCCACCUAUCUCAGAAUUGGAGGCAGUAGAUCUUUUCUUGCAUCAUGGGUGGAGGGAGAGGGAUAGAAAGUUCAGCAACUGACAAGUGCAUUGAGCAACUUGGCUCACUUAUUAGAAGCCUGUUUUCAGUGAAAGCCACAUAUAAAAGCCAUUCAUAUUUGCAAUUCCAGCAUGUAAUUUGUUGACUAGGCCCACUAGUUGCAAUACUAAUAACAUGGAACAAUCUAAGGUGGUAACCUGCUUCAAUGGAGAUUACUCUCUCGCAGUUAUUCAAGUAGGUACACGGCAGCUAAAAAUAUUCAUUUCUAAUGUGUCUUGUUCCCCACAGGUUUUUUCAGUGCUUCAUGUGUUACGUUUCUGAUGUGAAGAAAUGUGGAUUUGGUUUCUCCUUUGACUCUUUGGUUUGGUUUGGUUUGGUUUGGUGGAGAAAAAAGCAGUUACUUCUUCCAGUCACUACUACAGGCAGAUGGAAACUGAGGGGCUUGCAAGAGAAAAUGUUCUUUCCGAAGAAGAAGCCUCUAGCUUUGUUAAAAGCUGCAGUGUAUCACUUAAUGUGGCAAAGGUCUCUCUUUUGCAGCUUUAAACAAAACCAGGACUGUUCUGCAUGUCACAGUAAGCCAUGGUUUAAAACAAAUGAUAGCUUGAUGUGAACCAGCAGCAUGCUGAGCAACACAACUCAAAAAUUCAUAAACACUCCUCCUCCAUUUCAGCUGCUCUUGCCAAAUUGUACACAAAACAGUUCUACCUACCUGUCUACCUACGGGACCGCCUCUUCCGAUAUGCCCCACGGAGAGCCUCAAGGUCCAUAUAUAGCAACACCCUAGUGGUCCCGGGCCCUAAGGAAGUUAGAUUGGCUUCAACCAGAGCCAGGGCCUUUUCAACACUGGCUCCGGCCUGGUGGAACGCUCUGCCUCACGAGACCAGGGCCCUGCAGGAUCUGAUUUCUUUCCGCAGGGCCUGUAAGAUAGAGUUGUUCUGCCUGGCCUUUGGCUUGGAGCCAGCUUGAUUCCCUCCCCCUCUUUCUUUUUUCUUUUUCCUUUCUCCUCCUGUGGUGAGGCUGCAUUUUAAUAUUUUAAUGUUUCAAUAUUUUAAUGUUGUAUUUUAAUCUUGUUUAUAAGUUGUUUUCAUUCAACUUGUUUUUAUUCUUGCUUGUUAGCCGCCCUGAGCCUGGCCUUGGCUGGGGAGGGCGGGGUAUAAAUAAAAAUUAUUAUUAUUAUUAUUAAAACAAGGAAGGGGUAGGCUUUGUUAUGAUGUACGAACCUGGACUUGUACUUUAUCUUCAAACGAAAACCUCAAGUGGUAACCAAAGUUUGUUCUUGGCUUACCAGACUUGGUUUGUUCUCCUCAACCCAAAACCAUGAGCCCAGGUCCAGAUGACAGGUCCAACCAGACUCUGGCUUGUUUUGCCCCAUGGAGAAGACACUGCUCAUUCACAUUAAGCCCUAGUGCUUUUAAAACAACAAUGAGAACAGUUUAGCGGAAUGUGUGAAAUGAUCCCAUGAUAGGAUUCCUUCUUUCCAGGAGUGCAUAUAUGCCAGGCAAAUAAGCCUCCAUGUCUUUCCCGCUCCAUCCUCCUAUCCUGGUUGCUGCUAAAGGGAAGCCUUCUCCCAGCCUGCUUCAGACAUGGACUCUUUAGAGAGCAACAUUAUGAAGCAGAUCAAGGAAGGUCCUGUAUAGUGAAGUUGGAUCUUUUCCAAGAUGGAUCCAGUUAACAGGGUUGUCUACUUGCAACUUAGUGGGUGGCCCGUUCUAGCUGUGUGUGUGUAAUUACAGCUAUUGUAUAAGGUUUAGAAAAACCUGCCCUGAGCCAUGGUUAGCUGUGCUGACCAAUCUCUGAAUAAGGUUUGGCUCACUUGAGAUGUCUUCAUUUGUGCCAGUUCUUUAAAAGCACAAACCACCAUUAAGAAUUAAAAGGUCGUGGUUUCAUCAUUGGACCUCAAAACCUCCUUUCAGUUGGCAAAAAAAUUAUUAAUGAAUUCAUAUAUAUAUAUGAUGAUAAUAUCUGUAUUUUAUGCCAAAUAUAUACAUACACAACAUAAACACACGAGAUGUGCUGCAUUAACCUAAGUGUUACCUAGUUUCAUACAGGUUUGCUACAACAAUGUUUGCCUAUAAAUCAAGACUUAAGAUUUCUUGUGCAUCCUUACCUUAAUUGUAAUUUUCCAUUUGGGGGUGAUCUGGCUGUCUGAAUUAUAAAUCAAGGGAGUUCUAAGCAAAUUGGGGAGAAAUGGUUUUCCAUGACUUAGAGGAUGUACACAAGAUGUGGAUGUGGUUUUGGUACGGACUUGGUGAGAGUUUUAUAUUCAUGUCUUACUUUAUUAUGAUUGGUUGUAGAGUUCAUAGAAAAAUUAUGUAAUGUAUGCUAGGCCAAGGGGUGGGGAUAUGCCUUUAGUUAUUCUUUCAGACAUCUGCUCCAACAGUCUGUCCGGGACUAAACAAUAGUGUACAAUUAAUUAAUUAUCUUAAAACUUAAAAAACUCAGGAAGCUACCACAUUCCAUUAAUCAGCAGAAGUAUGCAGUAACUAAAAUAAGAAAAACCCACUACGUAGCUCCAUAUACCAGCAAAACCCAUCAUAGUUACAUGAAUGAGCCUUAUGACACUGUGACAGUCCAGCGCUAGUAUAAGCAUAUAUACUCCAAACUGUGAGCAUGGUACUGAAGCUACAUAGCAGAAGGUGUGAUGUAGUAAUUAGCAUAUUGGCCAGGAUCCAGUCCAGGGAUACCUGGAUUUAAAUCCACACUUGACUAUGAAGCUCAGUGACCAGUCACCAUCUCUUAGCUUUGCUACAGAGUUCAUGUGAGGAUAAAACAGAGUGGGGGGAACCUUGGGAGAAGGGUAGCAUAAAAACAGCAUAAAUAAAAUGUCAGGUAAACUUAACUUCAGCAAGACACUGUACAAGGGUACAACUGGAAAAGCUCUGUCUUCCAGUGUUCGUAAGAAAGACUAUGUUCCUUUCAAGUACACUGAGCUUAAGAUUUACAAGUUAAAUGCCAGCAUCUUGGGUCGCUCCUCGAAGCCAGCUAAUGCAAGCAGAAGAGAACUGGUGUGGUAGGCACCUACAUACCUGCAAAAGUUGUGGUGCUGUACAGUUUGCACCAGUUGUACAGUUUUCAAGUACAGUCUCAUGCAAAGUGCAUUGCAGCUCUGCUGAAGGGGUCAAACAGCAUGGGCAACAAAUUCCCUUACACUUAAGCAUACACUUGCUCCAUCUACCUCAGUACUGACUGGUAGCAGCUGUCCAGGGUUUUACCUGGAGGUGCUAGGGAUUAAACCCAGUCUUGGAAAAUGCCCAGGGUGGCCUGCAAACCCCCGGAACUCCAAGCGUCCUCCGAUGUGUGCAGCACUAAAAAAGGCAUCUCCCUUCUUCUCCAGGGCGCCCAGCGACAUAUAUCAGCUUGAUAUAUGCACACUAAUCUUCUGGCUUAACACAGCAAGAAGCUUGAGGCGUCGUAGAGCGAAACUACUAUUUAUUUCCACACUAUGUACAGACAAAGGCAUAAUGGCAUCUGUUCUCUCCAGCUCUCAGAGAACAACCAAAGUGAAAGUACGUUACAAAGUACAUACAGCAGAAGAGAGAUAAGGCUGUCUUCCGUUCCCAUAGUCUUCUCAGACACGUCCCAGACAGGCAUGUGAUUUAUAACAAUCUCACCUGCAGCAUCAGACUGCAUGAAAUACUAACACCCGGGACGUGUUCUGUGCAAAGCAUAUUCUCUGCCACUGAGCCUAGCAGCUCAUAAUUUCUCCAACAUCUUAACCUUAAAUAUGACAGUAUUGGUGAACAGUUCUACAUCCACCAACUUAAUGUGAAGUGGUGGAAACUGGUGUUUGAGCAAAAACUGGCACCUAGGUAAGAACAGGUAGAUGGAACAAGUUUUAUAAGAAUGUUAGACGAGCCCUGGUGGAGCCAACCAGUGGCUUAUGUAGUCUAGCAUUCUGCUCUCACAGUGGUAAGCCAAAAUCAUAAACAAAAGCAGUUUCCUGCUCAUGAUCCCAUACUGCUGGUAUUUAGAGACAUACUGCCUCCGAUACUGCAGGCCUCAAAUACAGAUCAAGCCCACGUUAUACAAAUCUUUAACAUUAAUUACCGGUAUGUUUCCGUUCCUAUUAGCGGGGCUUUAAGCUUCAGUUGACCUAACAAUAGCACAUCUCUUCCUUGAAUGGGUGUACUAUUCACAUCUAAAGUACAUAUUUUGGUACCAAGGACAGCUCCCCUCUUAACAGGAGGAAGCUGCUUUCUUUGGCUGAGACAAGAGCUUCCCCAGCAAUGGAAGUGUCUGUAUUGGGAAUAUAGUAAGAAGUACACCAAACAAGAAAUUUCUCUUGAGUGUGGGGGUUUGGCAGUGCACUAGCUGGUUUUGCACCAGUUAUGCCUCCUGUUCUGGUCCUCCUUACAACCAUUUGGAAAUGAAAAAUAGGGAUUGACAUAGUCCCUGUGUGGUCUGAAGAUGCCAGACUUGCUAAAUCUGCUGGCCUGACACUUCCGUUUGGAAAUAUUUUUAGGAUCUUCAUCUAAGGGCAAGAGGUUCCUUAGCAGCUUUGCCAUGCCCCGGUUUCAACAAUAUGCAAGUAAAUUGAGACAAAUUUCUUCCAAAUGUCAUAAUGGGAAUUGAAGUUAGAUUUGUUUCAAGAGCUUUGCAGAAUAGCAGGGGCUACAGAAGUUGCAGUUUCUCACUGAGGGAUAACCUAAAAGCAGGUAUCUUGGGGGAUUAUUACCUUGCUUAUUAAAAUAGGGAAGCUUUUAUAAUGGUAGCCACCAUUUUGCGAGAUGCUCUGUGGAAAACCUUUUGUAUUGAUAUCAAUACAAAUGAACCUGGAAACACAGAAUGUGGCAUCAUGCUUUGCUGGGUAGGUUUCAGUUGAUAUAGGUCUGCUAAGUUUACCAAUGCCAAGGUUUCCCAGAAGACAAGUUUUUGUCUACCGAAUCUAGUUUAGGGGUUACCUAGGUACCCCCGCCCAUACGGGCCAGUCGUGUCCGACUCUAGGGUUGUGUGCUCAUCUCACUUAAGAGGCUGGGAGCCAGCGCUGUCCGAAGACACUUCCGGGUCACGUGGCCAGCGUGACGAAGCUGCUCUGGCAAGCCAGCACCAGCGCAGCACAUGGAAACGCCGUUUACCUUCCCGCUAUAAAGCAGUACCUAUUUAUCUACUUGCACUUAAGAGUGCUUUCGAACUGCUAGGUGGGCAGGAGCUGGGACCGAAAGACGGGAGCUCACCCCGCCGCAGGGAUUCGAACCGCCGACCAUGCGAUCAGCAAGUCCUAGGCACUGAGGUUUUACCCACAGUGCCACCCACGUCCCUUACCUAUGCUUAGAGAAGCAUAAAUUAAAAUGUGUGAUUUAGAUGGAAAAGUUAUAUGUCAUCUCAAUUACUAUUUUUUAAUUGCACUUGACAAACGUUUGUAUGUUUCCUGCAAAUUUAUUUUAGUCUGCAGUUCAUGUUCAGCAUGGUGCCUUGUUAUUGUUUGCCUUUUUAGGAGCAUAAGAGCUAUGCACAUUCUCCCCCCCAGCACACUGUAUAAACAAAGCAAAAUUCUGAUGAAGACUGGUUAAUCUUAAAUCACUUCUGUAUGCCAAUUUCCAGUGUUACUCAUAACCAGAAUUUAGGAGAAAGCAGGUACGAUUUUCUCCAUUCUAAAAAACCAACACUUUGAAAAGCAUGAGUUGUUGGAGAUGGGAAGACACUGAAGUUGUUAGCAUGUCUGGACUGUAGCAAUUUAGCCAGACAGGCUUAUCACAUGAAAAAUGUGAGUAAACCUUACCACUUGGAUAAGGACCCCACAGCUUAGCACAUAGGAGAAUUGAGGCCAGGAAGAAAAAUACAGUGUCGUUGAAACAGCUGGCCAAGCAACCAUGUAGUUGUGGUAAGAUGAGUACCUGUAUUCAUCUUGUUAAGGACACAGCCAGGUUUUCACAGAAGUGUCAUCAUGUCUUCUUAAAAUGAUUUCAGGUCAAAAAAAAAAAAUGGAUAAAGUUUAUACAAUGGGAUUUCAUCACAUUUUCAUGGAGAGUAUUCCGUAACUGCGGAAGAGUUGUAGCUCUGCGGCUGAACACAUGCUGUGCAUAACAAGUUCAAUGCCACAUAUUGCCUGGUUGGGUUGAGCAAGGCCCUCAUGUGAAACCCUGCAGAGUGCAAAUUCUACUGUCUUAGAUGGACCAAUGACCUGACUCGGUAGAAGGCAGCUUUCUGUGUCCCGAAGUAGCUGUUUUGCAUGCACGAAAUGAUCCACAGAGUUGCCAUACUCAAGGGCUGCUUUGUUUCUGCAGUAGUUGCACAGGGUGGAGAAUUUUCAGCAGGUGGAACUUUGGCUACCAUUGCAGUACUAAGCUGGUUUCAAAGGCAGAUCCAGGUGUUUUCACAAAGCUCCAUUUGUAGUUAUGCAGGGUUCUGUAGUUAUGAAGGCUUACUGGGCCACUGAAAAUCAGAUGAAGUUUGAGCUUUGAAGAUAUAGCUCCCCCCCCCCCCCAAUCCCUGAAAGGAUUGUUGUAUAAUCUUUGGAAAUCUAUUUUAUGAGGUGUCUUUUUUAUGUGUGCCAAAUGCCUUUUAAUCUAAUGGGAUAAUCCUUUCACAUCAAAAUAAUACAGUACCACAGAACCUUGGAAAGACCAAAGACAUAGGUGGCACUGUGGUUUUCAAGUACCAGCAUUUUCUCACUGCCUCCAUCAAAACAAAUCUUAUAAUCCAAAAUAUCUCAGUGGCAAUAAAUGUGUACUCCUCUCACAGUUUUCCCACUUCUGCAAAUGCCUCUAUUUUUAGCUUGACUGCCCUUGGCAGAUAUGAUUUCCAUAAACCAGCUUGCAAAUGUGCAUGAAUGUUUUGCAGAAAAUUAGACUAUACUUCAGGCAGCAUUUUCACACAAACAAAUGCAUGUUUUGAUUUGCAAGGAAGAUCAGCAUUGAUACUGUUCACUGUACAAUUAGAAGGAUGGCAUCACAAUUUUACUAAACUGGUAGAAAGGAAAGGGAAAAACCUAAUGUAUUCAUUAUCACCUCCAUUUCUGGGAGAUAGAAGGAGCGACUUCAUAGGCUGCUAUCUUGGCUUUUUUAUUUGUAAGUUGCCCUGGGCUCCUUUGGAAGGAAGACCGGGGUAGAAAUUUAAUAAUAAAUAAGUUCAAGUGAAAUAAGUGGACCUUUUUAGUAAAAAUGUGUUGGGACUGUGCUGUUAGUGGAAGCAUAGAAAUUGCUAAGUUGAGUCAAACCAAUGGUCUACUAACAGUCUUAGUGAAAAGUUCAGGGUAUGUUGGAAAUAUGCACCUCCUGUUAUUUUGGCUAUCAUGGCUAAUAGAUUGCUAGAGAGAUGCCCCAUGGAUAUCACAGCAUCUGUUGUGAUUUGUGUUCAUGGGCUUAUUAUGCAUAACACAAAGUAGUAAUACAGUGGUACCUUUGUUCUCAAACUUAAUCCGUUCCGGAAGUCUGUUCCAAAACCAAAGCAUUCCAAAACCAAAGCAUGCUUUCCCAUAGAAAAUAAUGCAAAACGGAUUAAUCCGUUCCAGACUUUAAAAAACAAGCCCUAAAACAGCAAUUUAACAUGAAUUUUACCAUCUAACCAGACCAUUGAUCCAUAAAAUGAAAUCAAUAAACAAUGUACUGCAGUCACACAAGCAAGCAAUCAGUCAGUAGCUGAACUGAGUUCCACACAGUCACAAAAACAAAACAAAAAAGACACAAAAAGACACAAUAAAUAGCAAAAACAGACAGACCUCAGCGUAACACUCAAAACGGAUGUGUGUCACUCAGAUCGGAAGCAUAACACUCAAAACAGAGCACGCUUGGCUUCCAAAAAAAGUUCGCAAACCAGAACACUUAUUUCCGGGUUUGCAGUGUUUGAGUUCCAAGUUGUUUGAGUACCAAGGCGUUUGAGAACCCAGGUAUUACUGUAGUUAUAUUGGCUGCUUAUCAGAUUUAAUGGAUGACUCUUCUUCAUAAGUAUGAAGUCUUGCAUAUCCUUUCUGUGCCUGCUCCAGUUCUUCAGUGUCCUUUCUGAAGAUGCAGCUAGGCUGGAAUUAUUUAUAUGUAUGAAAUUCUUCUGAAGUUUCUGAAGUAUUUUAUUCUUUAGUAAUUAAUCAGGAUAUGCAGGAAGAAGAUACAAAUAAAUUUGUAGUGGGGUGACAUGAUCUCAAAGUCAAAAAAGUGGGGUUUCUCCCCCCUGCCUAUUGCCAAACUGCCAGGAAUUCAGUAGUUUGAUGUAGGGUUAUGUGGUCAGACAUUGCAUGAGGACUUGUUGAAUUGUGUGCAAGGUCUUAAGAUGCACACAAAAAAUUAAUAUCCCAUGACAUACUUUUGGAACCCUUAUUGACUACUGUAAACAAAACAAGAAAUGUGACAAGUUCUAUUAUCUUUUGCACCUCAAAAAAACAGAAAACUUUUUUCAUUAACAAUAUAAGCUCAUGCUGGAUUUUUUUAAAAAAAUAUGCAUUUAACAACUAUCUCCUACAUUUCUUUUAUAAUAUAUAUUAUUUAUUUUUGUUAAUUUGAAUUCUCUGAAUCUACCCCCUACCUUUUGUAAUAUAUAUAUGAAUUAAACAAGAGUAUGCAUGCAUCACAGUCUUGGUAAUACUUAUCUGGAAACUUUGAAAGGACUAUUACAAAAUUACAGAAUUUGUAAUCAAAUUACAAUUCAAUUUGAUUUGAAUUGGAGUCUGACUGGUUUAGGAGAAGAGUAAGCAUAUUAUAUAAAAGUGCAUUGUGUUGGUUCAAGCUAGGACCAGCCUGUUCUUCACAUGGGACGCCUACAGUGUGAUCUUCACUUCAGUUAGUUUUGCUUUGUCUUGCCAUUCUUGUGCUACUUCCUUGUUUUAUUGCCUCCUACCCUGACGCUGUUAAUUAUCAGUCCUCCCCCUACCCCACCCCAGUGAUGACAUUUUAAAAAAUAUAUGCAGGUUAAAUGCAAAGAACACAUUUAACACCAUGACUAAUUUGGCCCUGGACUUCUUUUUGCCCUGCCACCGGCCCCUGGGAAAACUUGCUGCUUACCACAGAAUUGGAGCAAAUGCCAAUCGGUCUUUCUCCAGAUUUACAUUUGCUCUGAUUUAGCACUAAAGAGCAAGUUUUGCGGGGGGGGAGCAGCGGGACAGAAGUAAAAACCUCUCUGACUCAUGCCUAGACAGCAGAAAACCGCAUGGAUCAAUGCUUUCUAGGCAUGAGACAAGAGGAUGUGUACACAGAUGUUGGGGAAACCAGAGAAGCAAGUCAACUCUGUUCCUGUUUUCUUCACUUUGACUCUAAUGUCAGAAGUCCAGAUUCAUGGGUCUUGUGGCUCAGGUGGAACUCAUGAAUUGCACCACAUGGCCAAACAGCAGAUUAGCUUGAUUCUUAUUUCACAGCCCUGCCCUGCCCUAUUUUGGCUCAGCAAUAUCAUAACCUGCUUUUGCAGGGAUCCAGCAGCUUUUGAAACUUCUUUCAGCUUUAAAACUAGUUUGCUAUGCUGUUUUGAGAAACUUGGGUUCCAUAAGGGUUUGACCGAUGAAGCCUUAAACGGCUUAGGACCACCUCUCUCCAUAUAAACCGACCUGGACUCUAAGGCCUUUCUUUGUGUGACAACACGAGAACGGGCCUUUUCUUUAGUGACUCCCUGUUUGUGUAAUGCUCCCGCCAGGGCACCUUCAUUAUAUAUAUUUUAGGCACCAGGCGAAAACAUUCCUCUUCAACCAGGCCUUUGGCUAUUCUUCAGCCUUGUGGGAGGUGGUUGGUUACUGCUUUGUUGUUUAUGUUUAUUUCUGCUUUUAUCUUAUGAACCACCCUGAAUUCUGUUGAUGAAGGGCAGUUUAUAAGUCAAAUAAAUAAAUGAUAGAUAGAUAGAUGAUAGAUGAUAGAUAAGAAGCAAGCCCCUGGGCAGACAGCCAUAGUCAAGCAGUUCUUGAAUUUGAGCCAAAGUGUUUUAGUCAGGCAUAGGCAAACUCCGGUCCUCCAGAUGUUUGGGACUACAAUUCCCGUCAUCCCUGACCACUGGUCCUGUUAGCUAGGGAUGAUGGGAAUUGUAGUCCCAAACAUCUGGAGGGCUGGAGUUUGCAUAUGCCUGGUUUUUGUCCUCUCUAGUCCAUUCAGAUUUUAAUUGGAAUAGCAGAGUGUUGAGUGUAUAAAUAAUACUACCUCUGAAAUUUCCUCAUUUCAGUCCUAUAUGGAAGACCACUUGAAGAACAAGAAUCGCCUGGAGAAAGAAUGGGAAGCACUUUGUGCUUAUCAGGCUGAGCCCAACGCAGCUACCAUUGCACAUAAGGAAGAAAACGCCCAGAAGAACCGCUCACAAGAUGUGGUUGCGUGUAUGUACAGUUUAAGCUGGAUUCAUUACUUAAUUGCUUUCCCCUUUGCCUGUUGCUGCAAUUAGCGGAGGAAAUGUGUCGAAAGAACUGUUAUCAGCCACUCUGUGCAAGGAACAGUUAAUAUUCCUGUGGCCCAUCUUGUCUUGCUGUGUGCUUCAGACUUUUCAUGGUGGAUGCUGCUGCUGCUGCUGCUUCCAAAGUAUGCUUUGCACUACUUCCCAUAGAAUCAUAGAGUUGGAAGAGACCACAAGGGCCAUCGAGUCCAACCCCCUGCCAAGCAGGAAACACCAUCAGAGCACUCCUGACAUAUGGUUGUCAAGCCUCUGCUUAAAGACCUCCAAAGAAGGAGACUCCACCACACUCCUUGGCAGCAAAUUCCACUGUCGAACAGCUCUUACUGUCAGGAAGUUCUUCCUAAUGUUUAGGUGGAAUCUUCUUUCUUGUAGUUUGGAUCCAUUGCUCCAUGUCCGCUUCUCUGGAGCAGCAGAAAACAACCUUUCUCCCUCCUCUAUGUGACAUCCUUUUAUAUAUUUGAACAUGGCUAUCAUAUCACCCCUAUCAUAUUUUGCCCCAGCAUGUAGGGCAAAAAAAAAAUUCAGGUAUUUCAGGGGGUUGGACUAGAUGACCCUCGCGGUCCCUUCCAACUCUACAAUUCUAUGAUAACAGCAAGUGCCGUUUUGCGUAAAGGACAUUUCAUUUCGACAGCCUCAUGGUGCGGUUUUCGCGCAUGGCUUUUGGACACAAAUACCUUUAUCCAAAAGUGCACGAUGCUCUUGGCUUGUAGUUAGAACGGUUAGACCCAGUCAAGUGUAUAAGCACCUGCUGGUUUUGAUAGAUGAGCUUACAAGGCAGCUGCUCUCCGUGUUGGGCCUAGGAUGGAAAGUGGAGCCGAGAGUAGCCAGGGCAUAUAUGUGUUUUAAAAGUUUUUUGUGCUCUUCAUGCUCAGCCAAAAGCAGCACAUUCCUAUUCCAUGUACUUGCUUAUUCUGGUAGGUGUAUCAAACAUUCUGUAUUGUACAUCAGACUGAAUGCACAUGGCUGUACCAUGAGAUCGACGCUAUUUAUUAAAUUUCAUCAGCUACCCUACAUAUGAACUUGGUGUGGAAAUCCCUUUAAUAUAAACCUGUUAUUAUUGGCAACGGUCUUUAAGCAUUGUCAUGCUCAAAAAGAGAAGGAACACGGAAAGGUUUGGCAUCAUUAAUGCCCUUGCUAGGGGCUACUGAACCUGAAGCACAGUCUAUAUUAAACAUUGUUGUGUGUUUUUAAGUGAACUUGUUAGACACCCAAACAUUUUACUGAUUUAUUUAUGUGGCGAGGUUUAUACACUGCUUCAUCAUAAAAAAAACUGCUAAGCUGUUUACAUAAAAUGAUAUAAAAUAGUCAUUUGAAAAUACUGAUAAAACCAAACAUUAAAAACAUGUUGCGUUAAAAUGUAUCAAGCUAGAAAUAAAAUCAGUAGUUCUCUUUUCAAAAAAAUAUAUGAUAAGACUUGUGUAAAUAAAAACAUUUUAUUUUUUUAGCAGGCGCUGAAAACAAUACAGCGAAGGCACCUGCCUAAUAGCAAUUAUUCCUCAACAUAUCAAGUUCCAUUUCAAGAACUCUUUUUAUAUGGUUCUUAACCAUUUAAAUCAGUCUUUUGGAAAUGUCUAUAUUUAGAAGCAAGUAUGCAAAAAAAAAACAGGCUGAAUAGUAGUGGUCUGUUCAGAAAUGCUCUUUGAAAGAUCUCUUUUAACAUAAAUAUGAAUUAAUACUGAUUUUAACUUUUUUUUAUUUAAAAAAAUCAGAUGAUCAUUGCAGGAUAUGUUUGAAAGCUGAAAACAGUCACGACAACUCGGACUACAUCAACGCAAGUCCUAUUGUAAGUAUAAAACAAAAAAAAUACUACUUUGCCUUUUUGAAACUAAAACGUUAGUUCUGAUGGAAGAAAAAGGUUGAUUGUGAUGCAAGUUAUAAUAGCAAUUUAUUGAGUCCACAUGGCGACAUCCCUCCAAUAUUUCCCUUCCUGUGACUUUGCGGCCAGCAGUUUGCCUGCUUCUGAUAGCAGCUAUGUACAAUGGGUAUUCUCUCAGUAGUUGUAUUAAUCAUUUGGCUAAGAAUGCCACAGUGUGAGAGUUUAGAUAAAUGGGGAGUUUCGGGAGUUUCUGGGUGGGAGAGUAAAUACUUGCCCAGCUCCCUGCAAUAGGUUUUAGUAAAACUCCUUAUAUCUUGGGGACAUAGUGAUUGUUCUUACUGUUCGUUAUCAUUCCCAUAGCUGUGGGAAGAAUUGCUUUUCCCCAUUGACAAAAUAUUGUUGGUAAGGUACAGCAGAUGCCCUCUGAAACAGCAUCUAUCUUGAGGAAAGACAUUGGGAUCACCUUAAAGCCAAGUAGCCAUUUUGUAUUUAUUGUACGGCAAAAUUGUGUGCCCUGAUAAUUUAGACUGGCAAAAUUUGUGACAUUGCAGGAAGUGAACUGAAACAGAAUCAGAACUUUGUUUUGUUUUCCUUUCCUUUCAGAGUUCACAAAGGGUAACUGAAAUCUAGUCCCAUUUCUCACACCUCAGUCCAAAUUCUUCCAGUCAUUACAGUUUCACACAAAUCAAACUGUGUUUGGCCAAAAUAGAUGUUUCAAUGUGGCUUCACUGUGUGUCACACAAGCUGUCUCACAGUCCUUGGUUGUUUCCAAGAGCAAAGUAUGCUUUAGGGUAACAUCAGAAUGUUUUAAAAUUCUGCUUCAUUCUUGCUUGAUGUGUCUUUAUUGACAGGAACAAAUAGCUUUUUAAUGCCAUGAUUGUCUGGUAAUUUUACUGGUUCCAUAUUUAAAAUGUGUUAACUAUUUUCAUGAUAUUGAAGGUGCAUGAUAUUUUGUAAGUGCAAUAUUAGUAGUAAGCUUCAAGUCCUCAGCAGAGAACUUGCUCCUGUUAACUUUCAUACUGAUGGGCUAAAAACAUCUCUUGUUUGUUUUGAGAACUUAACCCUAGUCUAGCCAAGAACAGAUAGGAAAGGCUAAUGAAACGUAGCAGAUGUGUGGAGACCUGAAAUAACAGUGGUUUGAUCUUCUUCACCAACUACAAAUAAUCUUUUUAAAUUCAAAAUAAAUAAAUGAAGUGGUUCAAAAUUUAAUAGCUUCCAGCAAUUACCGUGCCAAUAAAAUGGCAUAUUUGAUGCCACGAAGCCUUUGGAUGUGAGGUGAGAAUUGUCCUGUAUUCCAAACGGAAAAUUAAUAACGCUAGAGCUAUAAACUAUGAAUUGGACUAGAAAGUUUUUUUAUUUCCACUCGCCUCCCUUCGGCAUGCGAGGGGCUUGAUGAAGCCGGAGUGUAAUAUAAAGCAAUUACUUUCAGGCCUUGGAAAGGGAGGCUUCCAGGGGUGUGCGUAUAGUUGUGUGUUUCCAGCUCCAGGGUCAGUGGUCCAGCCUCCAGCUGGGGCUCACUCAACCUUGGCUUGAGUCUAAAUGAGUAAAGCAAUACAUGCUGGGGGAGCCCUUCUUUGCACCAGACAAUGCGUUGGCCACCUGCCCACAUGUUUCUUUCUCGAAACUGCUUAGCAGCCCCCCUCCCUGCCCCCACUUUCCCAUCCCUCCCAAUACGUUGUGAAAACCCAGGGUUUUUUGUGUGUGGUUUUUUUUACACUUAAUGCGCUCAAAAAGCAACAAGGAGAGAAAUCUGCAAAGAGAUCUGAUGAAAUAUCUUGCUGAUCGUUGUUGUUUUUAAUUACUAUUCCAAUGCGAGGAUGCUUAGAGAUUCCUUGGAAUAAAACUGAGCUGGAAGUCCUCUUUCCUGUUCUCUGAAAUAACAUAAAAUACCGAGGUAAUAACUCUGCUGCCAGCGGUUGAAUGAAAAGCUUGCAAUUACAGCACAAGGAGACCCUGACUGUGCAGAAUAAAACUAUGAUAAUUACAUCUGUCAUAUUUGUACUUUGUCCUCAUUAAAUUCCAGGGAAAUCAUCCAGUAGUAAAUAAUGUGCAAUCUUUGUUUUUAAAUCAGAGGUCAGGAAAAGUAAAUGGGAAUUCUGUUUUUCCCUCUUAGGGUGUUGGAAAGGGGGGAGCCCAUCAACUACAUUAACAAAAACAAAAUAGCACCUACCUUUCAGCUUGCUUAUUACUGAAGCCACCAGACUGAGGAAUGUGAUUAACAUGACAGUUUGCUCAAACACAGCAUACAAAUUUUUAUCAGUGAGAAUAGAUUCUGAAAUUUGUAAUGACAUUCAAAACCAUAUUUAUUUCAUUCCAUUAUCUUUUUCAUUUUUUAAAGAGGGAUUUUUUAAAAGGUGGGUUUUUUUAAAAGAAAGAAAGAAAGGCAGGUGCCAGUUAUAAUAAUUAUAUGUUCUAAUAUACUAUUAAUAUAUUAGUCAUAAUUUUAUCAUCUCCUGUAUCAUUUUUUAUUUUUAACAGAGGAAAGAGGUGAUUCAGUAGUAGUAUACCUGCUGAAAGUCGUGUGUGUGGUGGUUUUGAAUAUAUUGCAGUGUGGAAACAAAAUUGCCUCCGAGCUUGCCUGUAGUUUUAAAGAAAAUUAAUUUCAUAGAGCUUUUGGUUUUAUGUGUUGGUUUUAUGCACACUAAGUUUAACCAUGCAUUUAAAACAAGUAUGCAGGAAGUCAGGAUAAAUUGAACAGCCAACACACAUGCAGAAAGGAACUUAGCUGGUUCUGAGCCACAAAUAUUACAUUGCUCAAAGCCAAAGAACUAAAUAAAAGAAUUCUGAAUUGUAUGUUGUGUCGGCGCAAUAACUGGGAAAAUACAGAUCUAAAUUGGCAUGAAGCUAGUUCAGUUUAAGUGGAGUCACACAGAACAGAUACAUUGUUUGAAUAAGAUUUUAUCACAAUAAAUAAUGGCAUCAUAUCAAAUCUUUUCUUAUUAUUCCCUUGGUAAGCGGUGGAGCAUUGUUUUUAUUCAUAUCUAGAAUUUUUUUUAGUGUAGAAGCAUAUGCAUGAAGUUUGUUAAAACAGAAGGAUAAAAUAACACUGUCUCUAAAUAUAAAAAAAAUUUGAAUCUUUUACACAUUAGCAUUUUUAGCAUUUACUUGGGGGCAGCAUAAAUAUGCAAAAAGAAUUGACAUACAUAUUUUAAAAAUUCAGAUAGAAUUGAUUAUAGCAAUGUAUUUGUAUUCAGUGUGGUGUUCUCUAGUUUAGGAAUUGUCAAUCAAUUUUAAUUUGGGGGCAGGCAGGGAGAGUGCUUAGAUGACUUGGAAUUAAAACAUCUUAGGUUUAGAGGUGGUUUGAUCUGAUCCCCUGCAGGAGUUCUCUUCUGAUAAGUUGGAACGAGGCAGAUGGUUCUUUUGGGCGUCUUUCGAUUAUUCCUUCUUCCUCGUAUGAUACCAGAAUCAGAGCUGUUAAUUUUGCUUUGGUUCAAGUGAUCCUUAGUCACAUGUAUUAUCAUGGAAACUCUGGAUAUGCGGUAGACUAGCUCUCUUCCUGGCUUGCUGGAGCAGCUGUGAAAAAUGAUAAUUUUGUGAGAAGCAGAACAUGUGUAAUUAUACAUUUUUUAAAAAAAAAUAGACUCUACCAACUAUAUCUGUGUAAGUUGUUGUUUUUUUAAAAAAAAAUAUAUAGUCUAAACUUCCUAAACCCUUGCAGAUCAAAAAACGUUGAUAUUUGUCCUAAUGAGCCAAUUAUUUGCUGUCUUAUUCUCUAAAAUGAACUUUGUGACCGUUUCCGAUUUAUCUAUCUGUAGUGAUAAUUUCUUAGUGUAGAGGAAGAAGCUGUGCUUUGAUGUUCGAGACGUUUUGGCACAACAUACAGAUUUCAUUUAACAACACUUCUCCAUUGUUUCUGCGCUCGGAAUAUCUAGAUGCCCUCAGGGAUUGUUCAGAAACUUUACUCUUAAGCAGCCUAAACAUUUUGUGCUAAGCUUUUAUUGGUUGAUGUUUCCAGCUGGGUUAUAUUAGUUAACGUGAAUUUGAGCAAAUUGAUCUCAGUGGUGCUGAGAUCCCGAAUGACCUUCAGUGGUUCAAAGGAUUUGGCUGAAAGGUUUAUUCUGGCAUCAGGAUAAUGUUCCAGCUUGUGCCUUUGCUCCACUGCCAGGACUUGACUCUGGCCUUUGGUCUGAUGGUACUGCUGCUUUUUGACUCUUAUCUCAGGACUUCGUCCAUGCCCCACCAGCGUAGAAUGAGGCAUGGCUGAGACAAAUGUGACUGACUACCCGGGGCAUUCACUUCCUGUCAAGUUUACCCUUUCAUGUUUUUAUCCUGCCCUUUUCUCCAGGGCGACACACAUAGGAUUUCCCUCAAGUCGCUUUUAUGGAUGAGUUGGUUUUGAACCUGAAUCUCCCCAGCCCCAACUCAGUACAGUGGUAUCUCAGGUUACAGACGCUUCAGGUUACAUACUCCACUAACCCAGAAAUACUACCUUGGGUUAAGAACUUUGCUUCAGGAUGGGAACAGAAAUCGUGCUGUGGCGGCGGGAGGCCCCAUUUGCUAAUGUGGUACCUCAGGUUAAGAACAGUUUCAAGUUAAGAACGGACCUCCAGAACGAAUUAAGUUCUUAACCCAAGGUACCACUGUACUUUCCCCACUCCUAAUGGUUUGUAAGUGGGGCAGCAACUUCUUACUACACUGACUCAGCAAAAGAAGGAGGAGGAGGAGGAGGAGGAGGAGGAGGAGGAGGAGGAGGAAGAAGAAGAAGAAGAAGAAGAAGAAGAAGAAGAAGAAGAAGAAGAAGAAAGAAGCAGCAGCAGCAGCAAGAGGUCUUGACUAACCUUUAUUGACUUGGAACCUACUCUAGUCACGCAUCAUCAUCAUUUUUAAUUUGUAUACCAUCUUUCUAUCUUACAAUACUCAAGGCGGUUUACAAGCUGAAGAAACAAAAAAUGUACAUCUUAUAACAAUCUAAUGCGCUAAAAAAAUGUGAUAAUAAAACAAAACUUUAAAGUAAGCAACCUACAUCAAAAAAUAAUAAUAACAUAUAAUAGUUAAACAGAAAUCCACUCAACAGUUACAAUAAAUAAUUUCUAAACUAUAAUCAGUAAAACAACGGCAAGCCACAGUACAUAAAAUAAUACAAUACAAAUUGAGAAGCAGAGACUAGAGGGUGGAACAAGGCAGGUGGAAGGAGGCCUUACCUGAUGGAGUCUCUCCCCUCACAGUUCCCUUGCAUAACUUUAAGGCAAGCUUAGCAUAAACACACCAGUUCCCGGAGAGGAGAUUGUGGCCGCUUUACUUCUCCUGUGAUUCUGCUGCGAGCUAAGCCGUGGUUUGGCUUAGCAUGUCAUCUGAAGCUGGGCUUGUGGCAAACCGUGAGCUGUAACCAAGGUUUGCUCUUAGGUUUUCAGCUCAUGGUUUGUCAGUGCAGCAGGAGGAGGACCAGAGGUGAACUUCCCUGUACCAUUUGUGAACCAUCUUCCUGAGCAACCUGAAACCUUUCUCAGAACUUGCUUCUCGCCUGCUUGCCUACCCUGGUAUCAGCCAGAUCAGAUCUUGUUAACUCUUACUUGCCCAUAACCCCAGCCAGCCCACCCGUGAGGCAAGGUGAGGCGACUGCCUCUACAGUGGCCUCUCAGUGAAUAAUGGGCACUGAUAGCCUCCUCCCACACCUAGAGAGGAAAUGGUGGGAGCUGCUUUCGGGGGUCUGCUGGGAUAUGUGCCUGCCUUCAAACAUUGGGCAAGGUUGACUUUAUUCCCUGUCCUUAUUCCCAAUGUAGAUCUUCACUCCCACUUCGUUCCUCCAUUUUAUGGUUUGCCUCAGGUGUCUUGGGCCAGGCCUGCCCAUGCCAGACCUAGCAAACUAGAUUGCCAGCAUCCUGAUGCAAGUUUAAGUUCCAUGCUGGUGUGGUUUUGUUAAGUGUCCUAAUAGCAACCUGUAUCCCGGGGUCUUUGUGUUUGCAACCGUAAUAAAUUUAAAAACCUCAGUACCAAGUGGAACAAAACUGGACAGUUUUCCACACAUACCUAAGUAUACAGCAGCACUUUUGCUGCCAUUGUGCAUGUUAUUAUCAUGCGAUCCAAAGUAGUUUAAUAGGCUGUGCAUCUAUUUAGAUCUUUGCAUUUCAGCUGAACAGAGUGCAAAUUGUGAGUUAAUAUCCAAAUCCUCACAAAUAUAUUUAGCAUUGGGAAUUUUAAAACACGCAAGUUAAUAAAGGCAUGCAUUAUUAUUUUCAAUUAGUUUAACCUUGGCAGGGGUCUGUAAAUUCAUUUAUUAGCAGAGAAGAAAGCUUUUUUUGCCAUCUUGGAUAUCCUCUGAGAACAUACGCACGCUAGGCAAUGCCAGUUUUUAGUGAGACUGAUAACCUUUCUCUUCUUUGUUUUGCUCCGCAUCAGUAGUAGACAACAGGCAAUUUAAACAUUUACAUUCAUUGAAGUGAUAUAAUACAUGCAAAUUUGAAAGUGACCCAGCUAUUUUUUCAUGCAAACUAGUAAUCCUAACCUGCAUGUGUCUUCUCCAUAGCUGCUUUCUGUGCACCAGAAUAUAAUAAUUGCAAAUGUCUGUGUUAUUGUUAACUUGAUGAUACGUUUGACCGGUCUUUCCUCAUUAUGAUGUCUGUAAUGCUCAAACUGCAGCUUUCUGACAACAGUUGAUUUAUACUGUAAGGCCAAGAGUGGCCCUUUCCUGAUUUAUCAAAUAGUGGAGGGUUUAGAAGUAUUUCUUCCGUGACAGUGGCACUCACCUCAUCACUGAUUCAGCUUGCCUAUUCUCUUUACAUUGUGAAUGAAUACACACAGCUUCACUUUCCCCCCUUUCAUUCACAAAGUUCGCACCAUUUGAAAUAUCAGCAUAAGGAAUGGAAAGGUAGAAACAAACAAAUGCCAUGUAAUCCAAUGUCUUGCCUACAAGGGCAAAGAUUUCUACCAGCCUUCAGUCCAGGGGCAGCUAAUGUGAUGCCCUCAAGAGGUUGUUGGGACUACAGCUCCCAUCAGUCUCAGCCAGCAUGGCCAGUGAUCAGGGAUGAUGGAGUCCAGCGAGAUCUGGAACACACCAUGUUGGCCACCCCAGUUGUAGUCUAUCCUUAACCGCAACAUUCUAGUUUUCCAUGUGUAAGAGUCCGUUCUCCCCCAACGCACUCACAAAAGUGUUUUCACACUUGCAAAGUGCUGCCAGCAGUCUGAAGUAAUCCAUUGCAGAAAUGGUUUUAGUAAUGAGCUUUUGUGGUGAUGAGCUGCUUGCCUGUACCAGGGGUGGUUAACCUGUGGCCCUUGAGAUGAUGCUGGAGUGCAGCUUUGUGGCAUUCCUGACCAUUGGCCAAGGGAGCCAGAGUCCCAACAGCAUCUGCUGGACCAACACUUCAGACAUGCCAUUUUACCGGUGAGAACACCAAGAUCUACCAGCCCAGAUAGACUUGUAUCUGCUAAAGACUUGUGGUCGGGGCAAAAUUGUGGGGUGUCUCAGGAUAUUCUGACCCAGUGAUAUUUUUUUCCAGUGCUAGAACUGAAGCAAGCUCACACAUAAAAGUUCGUGCCUGUUUAGAGUCCUUCAUUUAGGCAAUCUGAUUUAGCUGGGGGAAGUUGUUUUGCUCUUGCUAUUUGGCAAACAAUUGAGGGAAACCCUACUUCAAAUUACCAGCAGGUGCCAAACUACCUUCCAACUACCGCAGUGUAGUCUACGCCUUAGGCAACACACUGCAUGCUUCAUCCAUUGCAAAUGAUGUCCGGUGAUUCUAGGCUGGUUAAGCCACCGCAUCUCCUUCCUCAAGGCCACUGUUCCCUUUACCUGUACUCCAAUUUUUGCCUUGUUACGUGUUUCAGGAGGGGGAAAGGGAAAGCUGGGUUAUGAAAGAAGCACAGCACUUCCAAAUGUGGUCAUGUAAAUAAAUGAAUGUGACCUUCUCCUUUGGAUAUGCUAAAGUUGUUAAAUAAAAUAAAACGGAAUCAUUAUCUACUAGAAGCAGCAAGCAUGUGUUACAAAUUAUACUGGGUUUUAAUAUAUAUAUAAAAUCGUGUUAUAUUUUAUUAUAGUGAGGUGCUUCAGGUAUCUGGUUUUUUGCCAUUUCUUUCAAUCAUGGGAGCCACCCACUCAAAUGAGCAGUGGCUAGGGGAGACCUAAAACUGCACAACUAGUUCCAUGCUCCCAAUGUAUAUUUUGGCCCGUGGUUCUUUGAGCAGUAAUACACCCUAAUGGAUAUUGUGUGCUGCAUUUGAAAUUAUGGAAUCUGCUGUUGCUAUUGUUUAAGAAUCAGGAGAAAUCUUAACCAAUCUGCUUCAAAUCGCCUAGAGGCAUACGAAGAGGUGAAAUUAUGGGUUUUUAAGAAGCAGUUUGUGAUACCAGAUGGGAAACUGAUGUUCAAACAAAAUAAUUUAGAAACUGCACUGCACAUCCCCAAACCGUUGGAUGUGCCUAAAAUAGCUUUUUGGUCCUGGUCAAUGUACUAUGUGUUGAAUCCAGUGGACCACAAAAUAUGAAAUGUGGUGUUGAUGCCAUGGAAUUGGUUGCAGCCAAGGUCCAAAAACUCCUGGCUGAACAUAAUACCGAUCAUGUAGGCAGAACGACUCCACAAGUAAAAGAGAGCUUCUGAAAGUAAUGAAUAAUCCAGGCCUGAGUUAGGAGAUCUGUGAUUGUAUCACCAGAUUUUUAAAAACAAAAAUGGAAAUGCAGGACUGGGGAAAUAGCUCCAGAAUUUCAUUCCAGGCCAUUUCCCCAAACAAAACCCCAUGCUGCUAUGUGUCACACAGGGAAAACACAAAUACAAGCAUCUAUAAUUUUCCCCUGGGGUACAAACAGCAGUACAGGGGUCUUUUAAAUUGGAAAAAUUGUGUGUGUGUGUGUGUGUGUGUGUGUGUGUGUGUGUGUUAAAAGCGCAGCCAGCAAACUCACGCAACUACAACCCCAUUAAAAGUAAAACCAAGCAAGUUGGAAAAUGCAAACACGAAUCUCCAACCUAAUAAGUGGUUCCCCCUUAGAACGGCUGACUUGUGUUUAUAAAUGUUAAUAUAUUGAGUGUUACAGGGUGCUGCUAUCUGCUAUUGCUUAAAUUUUUGAUAAAACUUUUUUUGGGGGUGGGUGAGGGUGGAUUCCACUGCUCAGUACAAUUUAGCACUUGUUGAAAUAAUUGAGAUUUGUGCUCCUGCAACUGCAAGCAUAAUGUCAGCCUUGUUCAUGAGUGUGAGUGUGUGUGUUUUAAUUCUUUCUAAGGAUUACAAUCAAUGGGGUUUUUGUUGUUUUUCUUGUGUUUAAAUUCCCAUCAGCCAAUCUUGUCCUUAUCAGGAGAAUGGGGCCAAAGAUUUAAGACCAGAAAACCCACCCAUCUGUUUGAAAACACUCAUUGUAACUACCUAAUCCUAUUUACUCUCCGUAGCUUUGUUUCUGAGGAUCUCUUUUUUCCCUACUCAGUCACUCUUUGAAAUAGAUGUAAUAAUUAAGGUCUUUAAACAGAACUUCUUUUAUUGAGGGUUAGAAGCCUGCAUUUUUAAACAAACAAACUGACCAGAAAAGGCCAGGAUUGAGUUUGUUCUUCAGUUUUGGCUUGUUUCUAGAUGCCCUUGAGUGCUAUGACAGAAAUGGAAGAGAUGCUUAAAUGUGCCCGGCAUCCCUAAUGCCCUGCAUUGAGAAAUGUUUUGAAGUGGCUUGUAGGUUGCUAUGAGACUGAAAACCCCGAGUAAAUGCUUUUUUUUUUUUUUUUGUCAGCGAAUGCUCCUUAAAUGAUUUCACGUUACAUAUUUAGAACAUAGAUCGCUGAUCUUGUGACAUCUUAGUAUUAGACGACACAUUCUGUUCUGCUGGAGAAAGGAACUCUUAUUCUGAGGAAAGGAAAUAACAGACUUUUUCCUCCUUUCAAGAGAAGUGCUCUCCUAGUUGAUCAGUUCACUAAUGCACUGCAAAACUGCUAUUUUCGCUGUUUUGUGGCAAUUUUCUCUCCCUCUCUGUUCAUAUUGAGCCCUGCAUCUAAUUGCUUUUUCCUUUUUCAGAUGGACCAUGAUCCUAGGAACCCUGCUUAUAUAGCUGCUCAGGGCGCCCUGCCUUCUACGGUCACAGACUUCUGGCAGGUAAAAAGCCUUUGUUGAACUGCUUUUAGGAACAUAGGGAGGUGCUUCACCCUGAGCCAGACCAUUGAUGCAUCUAGAUUAGUAUUACCCUGACUAGCCAUGGCUCUCUAGGGUUUCAAAUGGAACAUUCCCAGUCCUAAUGGAAACGUAAGGGAUAAAACUUGGGAACUUCUGCAUACCAAGCAGAUGAUCUGCUGCUGAAUUAUGGUUCAUGCUGCGGCCGUCCUUUUACAAUUGUGUAUUCAUUUCUAACUACAUCUUAAGUGUAACAGUAUUGUGAGCCUGCAGCAAAAUACAGGGUUGUAAUAUCAUACAUUGUUAGGGACGCGGGUGGCGCUGUGGGUAAAACCUCAGCGCCUAGGACUUGCCGAUCGCAUGGUCGGCAGUUCGAAUCCCCGCGGCGGGGUGAGCUCCCGUCGUUCGGUCCCAGCUCCUGCCCACCUAGCAGUUCGAAAGCACAAUUAAGUGCAAGUAGAUAAAUAGGUACCGCUUUAUAGCGGGAAGGUAAACGGCGUUUCCGUGUGCUGCUCUGGUGCCGGUUCGCCAGAGCAGCUUCGUCACGCUGGCCACGCGACCCGGAAGUGUCUGCGGACAGCGCUGGCUCCCGGCCUCUAGAGUGAGAUGAGCGUACAACCCUAGAGUCUGUCAAGACUGGCCCGUACGGGCAGGGGUACCUUUACCUUUACCUUUAAUAUCAUACAUGUAAUAUUAAAAACCUGCACUGGGUUGGGUAUAACUAUGGCGGUGAUUUUGUUUGUGGACAAAUGGAUUCGGUUCAAUGUACACUCCGCAGAUGUGCAAGCGGGGUCUGUGUGUUAGGGGUGAAACAUGCCCCCACUCCUCACAUCACAGAAAGGCCGAAAGGUUCUCCUGAAGGACCAUGGAGCAAUUUAAGCUGUGCUGAAUGAGUCUGUGUGUGGAAUCUUAGCAUGCCAAGUUGAAGCAAACCUGGGCUGUGGGAAUAGAAUGGGUAUCAGCAGAAUUUGAGGUGACAAUUGAGUUGUCAAAUUUGGGGUGGGAGAAGGGAGAACUGAGAUGGAAAAUGGUUCCUACCUAGGAUCUGCUGAGAAGAGAACAUCAUGGGAACCCCAAGGAAAAGUAGCAGUCACUCAAUUCCUAGCAGGAGGUUUAGGGAAGUGUGCUACGAUCCAGAUGUGGCCUUAUUCCUAUCUAACAGCAUGUGCACAGGGUUGGAAUAUGUCGUUUGCCUGCCACUAAUGCAAUUUUCUAAUUUUCCAAGUACUUUGUAAUGCAAGCCUAGAGCUGCUGAAAACCAAAUACUUUUAUACAUUUGUAGGGCUUCCCUCCGGACCCAAGAAGGUGCUUUUUAAAGUUUAGCAUUUCAUGUUAUAUAAACUUUUUCCCAUUAAAUCCUUAACUGAGUUGGGGGAAGAAAGAAAGAAAGAUAAGCUAGAGGGUCAUAUUCACCUAAGUUUUACUCAGAGUAAAUCAAAUCCAUUGAAAUAUGCCUCACUUAGGUCCAUUAAUUUAAGUGGGUCUACUCUGAGUAAAAGUUAGUUGAAUGCCACCCAGAAUAUUUGCAAGUUCCUAUAUGUCUGUGUGUGUCUCAGACUAGGGGGAGGUUCCCAAAUCCUGUCCAUUGUUUCAUGAACCAAACAGUUGCUCCUUUAAGACUUAAGAUAUUCAAAACUGCUGCUUUUUGGAAUUUCAGAAUUCCAACACACUUGCAAGGUUUAAAAAGAUUUAAGGUGGGCCAAACACAAAUCAGCACCCUAUGUCAAAAACAAAGCCACAGUUCACCUCCCCCACCCCAUAAUAUAGUCUUACUUGGGUCACAGUCUUCAGUGUGUAGCUGGAAGUGUGGAAGCAGAAAAAAGAUACUUUUUUUCCUUGCACUUUGCAAACCAAGCAAGCUAGCAAGCUCUGGAUUGCACCCACCCACCCCUGCCUCCAUUGCAAAGAUCAUUCUGGCACCACCUUAACUGAAGAGAAUGGGCAGCAGAUUUGCUUUUUGCUUUGUUGUGCUUUUCAGAUUCUCCCAGGGUAGAAAACCUUGAAUUCACUCAAAGUGGGGGGGUGGAUUCUGAUUGCAGAAUAACGAAUACUUAACGCCAAAAAAACCCAAGUUGCUCCACACCAAAGAGGUGUCAUUUGAAGGUCCAUGGUAUCCAGGUAGCACUUAUGCGGGUUGAUGGAACCCAUUUUCCCAUGGGCCCCUGUUCUGAUUAUGAAUUCAAGGCUCUCUUGAAGCCCACAGUAAUAGCAGAACAACCCUACUCUGGAGUAGAUCAGCCUCGCAAUUGUGAAUGGGUUGGACAAGAAGGGAAGUUUAUGGGGGAACCAAAAUACAACCUGUACCUCUAUAUCAGUGGGGUUUUACUUAGUGUUGCAUUAGGUUAGUGCAUGUUAAACCCUGAUUUUCAUAGUCAAACCGGUGCUCUUCUCCUUAUUUCUCUGCAAUACUUUAAUAGCCAAAGUCCAUAAAAUUGAAAUUAGGAUAUCUGGUUGGCCUGAGUUAGAAAGGGUAAAAUUGCUUUUUAAGGGCUAAUCCUGAUGUUGCUUUUCAGUCCCAUGGAAAGCAACAGCCAUGAGCUGAACAUGUCCCAUAUCUUAGUAUUUUCAAUGUUCCCUAAGAUUUUUUAAUGUUGAAUUUGAACUGGGGCACCUUUGUGGGAACCUGUCUUGCUAGUUUUGAAAGAGCUUCACAGGCUGCCGGUUUACAAGACCAGUUCAAGAUUCAAGUCCUUACCUGGGUGCCAAGUUACUUAGGACUGCAUAGGAAUCUAAAGGAACCCCUCCUUGAUUUCAGCCCUCCUAGACGCUCACUUCAUCUGCUGAGGUCUUCAAUUGGGCGCAGCUAUAGUGUUCCACCUGUAGAAUUUCCUGCUCCAGAGACUUUGCCCAGGAUCAGCUUUGCAGUUAUUUAGGCACCAGCGUAAAAACAAUGAAGUCAACCAGGUGGCAACAGAGCUGUUGAGUAAGCAAAGCUAGGGUGCUUCAGGAAAGCCUUUCUGGAGGCUACUGAGGAGUGAGAUUGCCCUUCAGAGUGAUGUCUCCUGCCUCCUGGAGAGCUCUGUUCUAAUGACAAAGUUUGCAUGUUGUGCUUGGUAUGAACUUCAGGGGAUACUAUCAAGUCUCCUGCUGCCUCUUGGACUCAUGUAGUUGUGAAGGCAGGAUCUGCAUAGCUGCAGAACAUGUUGAGGGAAGCAUCUGUCUGAGGGCAUGAGCAAGAGAACUUUUAGCAGUAGGGAUGGGGUUUCCUCAAUCCCUUGGGCUUCCACCACCUUCUCCAUGGAAUUCAGUGGUUGCUUCCCAGAAUGAUCCAAACUAGGCAUCUGCCCAUUGUCAGGAUCCAGGUCUCCUUUGGUCAUAAAGAAGUGCUGGGUCCAGGUUGUGGGUAUGAAGCUAGAUAAAGAUUGAAUGUUUGUCAUGUCGCAACCUGCAUGCAAGCACAAGCCCAUUCAGAACUGAGGCCUACAGGUGGAAUCAAGUGACAUCUGUUGGCUUUCCAUGUAUACAGCAAGAUUUUGAACAAGUGAUCCCAGAAGAGGUACAGUUAGGUGACAGACUGCUGUGUGCCUGGAUUGGAUUCAUUUUAAAAGAGAGUUGAGGAACGUUUGGGGUAGGAGAUGGGAAUGGGAGACGAAUACAAAGAAUGUUUAGUGCAGAUGUUUAAUAGCACAUUAUAUUAGACAUCCAUCUUUAGUUAAUUUGUAGCAGUUAGUCUACCUGGUCAGCCAUUACAAAUGUUCCACUUGGUCCUUUGAACAUAUAUUCUUACAGAAGAAUGAGGGCACCACAGACUGGCCUUACUGUGAAGCAUUUGAUUCAGGAAGCAGGCGUCAAAGUGAUGAUAGUGUUUCUAUGGACAAUGGGGAACUUCUCAAAGAGCAACAUGCUAGAAUGGUAUAUAAACUGUAUAAAUAAAAUAAAUACCUAAAUAUUAUUAGAAGACUAAGUUGUAUUUUCCCCCAACAUCAAUUAUUAUUGCUAAUAAAAUAUUAGCUUAGGGAAAAGGAUAGGAGAAAAUGUUGGGGAGGUGGGGUUAAUGGGGAAAUGGUAUAGACAUCAAAGUGUUAAAUAUGACUGCAAUAUCCUAGAAUUCCAUUGUUGGAAUUCAGUUGUGGCGUUGAUAGCGUUCAGUGUCAUGUACCUCAUAACAUGACUUGGAAAGAAAUAUGGUACCCCAGAGUAACUUUGAAAUUGUUUGUUGAAAUUAACUUUCAUUUGGAUUUAUGCUUAAGGAAAUUUUCAGAGAUUUGAGGAAGUUCCUCUGUAAUGAAAUGCUGUUCUCCCUAUGUCUUUCUUUCUUUCUUUUUUUAAGCCCAUGGAAAGGGAUGCCAAACUGUAAGGAUUCCUCUCCCUCUCUCUAAAUGAGUAGGCUUUCAUAAUGUUACACUUGGGUGGCACAAGCAACUGCUGGAUGAUUAGUUUAUGACCUAGAUCAUUGUGUUUUUAUUGCACUCAUAAAAACCGUGUUUCUCCUCAUUUUCGUAAUGGCUUCAUUGAGCUUGUAUACCUUCUAAAGGCACAUUAAAUCGUUAUAUGAUAGAAGCACAAGCUAGCCUGGCCAAUUUGUGGUGGGGUUUCAUUUUUUCUAUAGUACAGAUACAGUUAAAAUAAGAGAGAGAGACUGUAGAAUUCUGUGGAGUGGAGUAUAUGAACUAAUGUAACUGGCAGCAUCUUUCAAUUCAAGGUUUUGCUGAAAUUAAUAAAAAACCUCUUAAGGAAAUAGAAAAAUGACCCUUAGUCGUUAUUCAUUGCUUUAGAUCCAACAUACUAUUUUUGCAUUGUUAAGAAUUUGCAGCAAGAUUAUUUAUACUCUCUGAUUUCAGUGGAACCAGGAAAUCACUUUGGGAAUACAGGGUCAGCAUAGUAAGUUUUACUCUUUCCAGAGAGACAGAGAGGUUUUACAAUAAAAGUGUGUAAAAGUAGUCCCUAGCAUUACAAUAUACCUUUGUCUUUGUCUUAAUGCUAUCCAAAAUUUGUACAAAGGCUUUUUUCCUUUUAAAAAGAGUCAUUGUUGUGUAAAUAAAGCAAAUGAAAUUAAGGUAAAAAUAAAUCCCUGUGCCACAAAGAAGGAAGCUUUUAAUUUAAUGUAACAUCCCUGUGCUUCUUAUCCGAAUGCCCCCUUUUCUUGUUUACUCCAUUUGCAUUUCAAUGCAGUUGCUUAUAAAUAUUUCUGCGAAAUAAACGUAACCCUUUUGCAGUAAGUCCAAUUUCCUUUUCAUGAGAUAAUUUUGUAUGCUAAUAAAAAGACAAUGAAAAUUGCAUGCAAAUAUAGCAUCAAUGUACACCACAAUAAUGAAGACUUUUCUUGAUUAUGCAGCUCCAUAUUAAUUCAGGAGGGUUUUUGUUCAACAACAGGCUGUUUUUCCAGCACAGAUAUACUACCCUAGCUUGUUUUGUUGCUUCUAUGAAUAACAUCUAGCGGACCUUUAAUUGAGAGUGCCUUAGAUUCUUGUUUGCUUGCUCUGGGGCGACACUACAUUAUUAAACAGUCCCACUGUUGAAGUUUCCUUGUUAUCAUAUGUUCAUGGUGAUAUCUGUAUAUUUUGGGAAAAUAUAGCCCAGAGGGUAGGUUGCAUUAUAUUUUAUUUUACAUGUAUUUCUUGAAAAUUUUAUGAGUCAAAUCUGAAACCUGUAGUGUCGAUUUUUGCUACUGAGUAGACCCAUUGACUUAUUGUAGGAUGAUUCAUUUGGGAUGGGAGGGGGAGAAUAAGUAUUACACCAAUACAACUCCAGAAGGCAACUGGUUUUUGUUUUUCUGUCUACUGUUUUUCUAGCAUUAAUAUGACAGCUCAACUGAUUAUCUUUUAACAUGACAGGCAUCUAAAAGAAGCAGCAUCUCUCUUUGACUUAGCAUGACAGAUUUUGCUGCUAUUUUGUUAAUUACACACAUCCAUAUUGGGUUUGCGUUCUGCAACCAAAUACGAUGCAGCAGACUUUCUACGAAAAGCACUAUUGUUUCCUCUGUAAAUUGGGAGUGUGAAAGUGAAAAAGAACUGGAGAUAAUUGUAAAGAAAGGCAUAGAAUUUAUUUUAGAAGUAUUUGGAGGAAUUCUUUGGAGAUUCUUUAAUAUUUCAUGUGAACAUGCAAAAUAUGACGCUAGUUUAUUCAGAGAUUUGGAAGCAGCUGCAGAGAAAAAGUGUCUAAUGAAAAUGAAAUACAUUUCCUGUGAAUGGAAUAAAUUUCGAUUGUGUGUCUGAGUGCCGUAAUUAUACAUGUCAUGCAGUAAUUAGGCAGUCACAGUGUGGCCACGGUGUCUUUCUUUGUGUGCAGAUGGUCUGGGAAAACGGCUGUGUCGUUAUUGUCAUGCUGACACCCCUUGCUGAAAACGGAGUCAAACAGUGCUACCACUAUUGGCCAGACGAAGGGUCAAACCUCUACCAUAUCUACGAGGUACUUAAACAAAAUAUCUGCUUGUAAACCUGACAGUAAGUGUGUGGAUUGAUUUCAUACAGAGGAAAAUAUUGCUUAAUGGGAUUUGACCUGCAAACUGAGCUGAGGUCUACCAUAAAAUGCAAUCUUGUGGCUCUUGAAUCAUUUCAGCUUCAUUGAAAAUUCUAUGCAUAUCUUGAUGGAACGGUUAGCAGGAAAGCAAUUCUGUGCAGAUUCUAAAUAUAUACAUGACCAAAGAGGUUUGAAAAUUAGAAUGCUCUCUCUCUCUCUCUCACACACACACACACACACACAGAUGCACACACAUUUAAAAUACAAAUAAGGGGGAAAUUAAAAUGUAUACAUUAUAAGAAAAUAUUGUGCCUAUAAAUAUUUAACAGCAGCUGUAGGCUCCACACCCUAUCAAAAGGCCUACCUAUGAUUUUGAUAAUUAAGCUAAUUUUUGUUUAGCAUUUUUUUUCAAUUCACAACUGUAGAUGUACAUAGCUGCGACACCCCAAGUAGUAGAAUGCACCGAGGUGGCUGCAACAAUCUGGUCUAUCUUGCUAUAAGACCAGGCAUUGUGACUCCGUUAUAAAAGCUGACUAAAUAAUAUAGGGUGCCAAGUCCUGAGCAAAACCUAUUUCAACCAUAAUUCCUAACAGAUAGGAGCAUAGGAGGUAGACCUCCACCAUCUUUCUCAUUCUGUUCACUUGAGAACAACACACAAAAAUGUAUUAGGGAUUAAAUUUUUGCUUUGCAAAAAAUGUGUAUAUUACGACAAAUUGACCAGUAAUGAGCUGCUGAAAACCAGAUACAUUUAUACAUCAGUGGGGCUUCCCUCUGGACCGAAAUAGGUACCUUUUAAAGUUUCCAUCCUGACCACUACUUUGUUGCAGGCAGGGCCUCUGCAACUGUUGAUUCUAUUAAAACAGAUAUGGGGAACCCAUAAUGCUCCAGAUGUUGAACUCCAACUCCCAUGGGCUCUGGCCAAAAUGCCUAAUGGUCAGGGCUGGAUAGAAGGUGUAGUCCAACAACAUCUGCAGGGCCAUGUUAAGUCAGUUAAAGCAAAAUUUGUUUCCUGUGUGUAACAUUGUCUUGCCAGGUUAUACUAUACAGAAAUACUUUGAAUAAGCAAUAACUAAUGGCAACACUUCUUGAACAAAUAUGGCCUCACUCUGCUUUGUAUCUAUAGAUUCCAGCUUGAUUCUAUGCAUAAGUCAAACAGCCAUAGUUGUUGACUUCUACAUGCAUGGGGGAAGUUUAUUAUGCACAAGUGGCGGGGGGAGAGGAGGAAUUCAAUGAGGACUGGUAGGGCAGACCACUUUUUGUUUGUCUUGGAUCGUCAACAAGCAGCAGUCACAUUCGAUACAGAUGUUUAAGGAAUUUCCUAUUUUUGAAUGCAAAUUUAACUCAAACAGCACCUCCUAUACGUUGAGGUGUGGAUUCUAAUGUCAUUAUCCUUUGCAUUUCGCGCUACUCCAAAUUUUGCAGUGCAGUUCUUGGCUUAAAAAACAAACAACAACUCAAAAUAUAUUUUAAAUUCUGUAUUUUAGGAUAAAAUGAAAAAAAAAUAUGCAUAGUGUUAAAAUAAAGGCUAUAAAUGAGUAAUUUGCAUUCAUGGUUUGUUUUUAAAAUGCAUAUGUGCAGAAAUGGGGCAUGAAUAUAUGCAAAAGUGAUGCAGAACAGAAAUUGAUUGAACCAACCUUGCUUAAGUAUGGAUAGUGAAUUUGUUUCUCUAGGCAUUAUUUGUGUCUGCUUCUAGGUGUGAAGGGCCAUCUGCAUUUCCUACAACACGUGUGUGUUUCUCUCACUUUCAUAACUUUCUUUGGUGCAGGAUCGGCUCUGAUUCUGCUUAAUGUUAAAGCAGGAUAAAGAAGCAAAGAUAUAUAUUCGCCUAAGUUAGGUUGAAUUACUGGUGAUCGUAUUAAAACAACUUAAGAUAAGAGUUUUUGGAUUUAAGCAGAAUUAAUAGGCUUAAAUCAAAAUCAAAUCCUAUUUGUAAUGAACCACUCGCCAGGCAUAGCAAUCCUGUUCUGGUAUCGCAGGGGCCUGAUUCUGCAUUGGGAAUACAGUGGUACCUUGGUUUACAACCAUAAUCCAUUCUGGAGGUCCGUUUGUAAACCAAAACAGGUUGUAACCCAAGGCGCGUUUUCGCCAAUGGGGCCUCCAAAAAAUUUUUGUUCGUAAUCCCAAAAAAAGGUUGCAAACAGGGACACGCACUUUUGACAUGUUUGUGAUCCAAAAUGUUUGCAAACAAAGAUGCAUGCAAACCAAGGUACCACUGUAUUUAAAACUGCUAUGUUGUGCCUGACCACUGGUCCAUGUAGCUCAGUAUUGUGUUCAAAGCUUCAAGGUGUCUAGGGUUGGGUCCAGAGCCUUAAUGAAAAGCAUAUCCCUUACCACUGACAAUGCUAGGUCCAUCCAGCACAAAUGUUUAGGCUUGAGAUACAAAACACUUUUUUAAGUUAAUAAGACUAACCGGCUGUUCAUCAAAUAACUCAAGCCACAUUACUUCUCUGUGACCAAACAGCAGGGGCAGUCUAGUCCAUUUCAGUGUGUGAGGCAAAACGGGAAAGUUGUCGUUCUGUGUCCUCAAACCCCCACUGAAGCCUCGCUUACCUGGGUCAGUGGGUCACACAAUGACAACUUCUAGGCUCCAGAGAGAUCUUACAAGAGCCCUAUGGGAUCCUAAGAGAGUUUCAUGAGAUUUCAUGGGGCUCUUGUGAGAAGCUCCUCCUCCUUGCUUCUCUGGUGGGUAGCACCCACGUUUUGUAGCAUUUUAUUAUUGUGUUGUUUACGAUAAUAAGGGUUUUUAUUGUGUUUAUUGCUAGUUUAAUAGUAUAGGCUAUUUUACGUGGGCCAUUUUUGCUUGGAAAAGUGGCAUUUUAAGUUCAUACAACUUUUCCCAUCAGAGCAGAUUGUCAAAAAUAUGUAUUUGAGUUAAAAGGAAGUAAAUUUCAAGUAAUAAACAAAAUAAGAAAAAUUCCUAAAUAAGCCCACUCCAACAAGGCACAUGUUUUCUGUCCAAAAGAGGAUAUUUUGAAAUGUCAGAUAUUCCCAAUAGAACAUGCCAUGUGUGUGAUUAUCUGCUGUAUUCCAUAUUUAAUUCACUUUUAUAUUUUUCGUGCAACGGCAGGUAAAUCUGGUCUCAGAGCACAUCUGGUGUGAAGAUUUCCUUGUGAGAAGUUUCUACUUGAAAAACCUACAAACCAAUGAGACUCGAACCGUGACACAGUUCCAUUUCCUUACCUGGCAUGACCAGAAAGUGCCCACUUCCACAAGGUCCCUUCUGGAUUUUCGCAGGUACAACACAAAGAGUGAAUAGUUUUAAGUUAGGUGCAUAAGUGGCUGGUGAGUCAGACAUGCUUCUGGGACUGUUUCUGAGUGCCCCCUAAAAUGCCAUCAAAAGUUGUUCAUAAGGAAACUCAGAUAUAUGACCCCCCAAAAAAAAUUCUUUCUAGGUUGAAUAGCUGCCCAUGGUUUCACAUUUUUAAAAACUGCCAUGCAGAAGAAAUAAUCCCACUUAAGAACCCGGUCGGGAACCAGGGAAUUAUCCUAAACCAGUGGAUACUUUGAAUGCUAUGUUAGCCAUGGAGUUGUAGGCAGAUGUAGUGGUGCAAAUGGAUUCUGUGUGUAAGUAAAUAAUGGCACACGGUAUUUUUAGCACCAUGAUCAGUGUGCUGACUUGGAAUCUAAAGCAGCGAUUUUAUCUAUGCAUAAGGUGUUUGUUUGCAUUAUAUGCAGUGGCCACAGUAGAGAAACUUUGCCUGCACAGCCAAGUAUGUUGUUGCAUGUGUCUGCCUUCAGGUGCAGUUCAUGCAUGGAGCCCUUUUGCUAAAGUCAUGCCAAUGUGCCAAGGUAAUGUCACCAUGCCCUGCUUGGGGCAUCAAGCGAAAUGAACCCAAUUGCAUUAAUUAGAACAAGGUUAAAUAUGAAGAUUAAAGAUGCCAGCGAAUGCAUCUCAUGGGAGAAGCAUCUUAAAGUGGGUACUAAACUGGCUGCUUCUUGUGGGCUGAGAAGCCAUGAGGUGCGCUAGUCUACCUAACCCUCUCCAUCCCAGACCUCCUAGGGUUAGGAGUGCCAUUUCCAGGCUACCGUGUAUACUGAAAACAUUUUUGGUCACUUUCGCAGUUGUUUCGCAACAAGAAUCUGAUGUCUAGUUUUGGGUAGUGGGCUGGUAUUGCUUUUGAUAUUCCAACUGUCUAGGUAGCUUCUGAAAUUCCACAUUGUUUCUGAGGACUAUCCCUCCUCGCAUUUUGAAGGUAUGCUAAGAUGAUGUUUAGCAGAGUUCAUGGACAGUCUCACACUAGUUCAUUGGAAUGUGCAAAUCGCAGUACCGCUUAUAUAUGAAAGUUCUUCCAUGUAAUGCUACUUCUGAUUAAAAUACCAUAGCUGAGUCCUCUGAACUUGCACUCUUAAAUAAAUGCUCUUAUGAGGCAUGUCGUAAAAAUGCGCACUGGCACAUUUAAAAGGGGGAAUGGUCUAUGUGGCUUACAGUUGCGUCUUGAAAAGCUUUGCGCAUGUUGAUUUCUGUUUGCAGGCUACAUAAAGACCCACGGUUGAAUCCUGACUUAACUUAGUUGCUUUUAAAUUAUUGGGAUUUGUCAUGACCUAGGUAUGCUUAACUUAAUCUGAAUCCAACCCACAGAUUUUUCAGGUUUCUGCAUUGUUUAAGUACCAGUCCUGCAGUUCUACAUACCCAGGUUUUGCUUACUUCAGCUAAAAAAAAUAAAUCAAAAUCAGAACACCAGCAUUGGUAGACAUCAAGAAUUUCUUCUUACUGCAGUCACAAAGGGGUAAAGGUUACAAGCCCUUUUUCAAUGCUCCACAAAGGGCAAAAGGCCACAGGAGUAGAGGUUGGAGUGAAUGAGUUAGAAGCCAGCUGGUUUUAAAAGAAAAUAAAAUGAACAUGUAAUCUGUAUGUAGUGGAGGUGCUUUUCAGGUAAAGGUUUAAAAGCUAUUCACAGUUUGUUUGCUUUUAAAUAGAAUCAAUUUUAUAUAUUUUAAGGGAAACAAAACGCUCCAUGCUCUUUUUAAAGGGAACUUAAGUAUAUUGGCAAUCGUAAUUACCUUACAACUGAAGCAAUUUAAGAUCAGCCAAAGCAAUAAAUACUCUGCCUCCCUUGAUAUUGAAAUUUAAUGUCUCACACUUUCAGAAAAAAGUACCUCUGGCUUAGCUACUUUCCUUUUUUUGCAACUACAGAUACUCAGAUAAAGUUUUACUAAGUGUGACUCCCAUCCUUUUAAUGUUUUGACAUGCAUCUAACAUGUUUAUAUACAAAUAUAUAUUUGUAAAUGUAUGUAUAUUUAUAUGCUUACAUAGGUAUGUAUGUAUAGAUGCAAAUAUAAACAAUUAAGAAAAUAUCACCAAGAAAAAUUGGUUCCCCGCCCCAUCCCCAAAUUAGCUUGUCCCAGAGCUUCUGAAAUAUAUGUGCAUUUUUCACUCCUGGAAGCAAAUUUUGUGAGAUUCUGAAAACAACAAGCUUGCACUUCUUUUGUUCCUCUAUAUUAGACACUGUUUCAGAUUCUAUUGUGUUGAGUAGGUGAAUUAAAAUAUUGUGAAAUCUAGUAUCAAUUGGUGAAAGAAGGCAGAUUUUUCUUCCCUCCAUAAGCUUAAAAUAUCCAUGCAGAAUGCAGUGCUUGAUAAAUGAAACUUCUCCUGAAAACACUGGUCAGUUUUAAUGGUUAUAGAAACCUAAUUUUAUUUUGAACAAUAGACCAAUCGUUUAAACUCUGGACUAGCUUGUUAGUCAUGCACUGAUAAUGUGUAAUUAAAUAUUCCUGGAGCCCAGAGGGAGCACAUUUACACUUUAAAGAGACACUGCUAAGCUAAAAGAUAAUUAGCAUCACAUGUGAGGGCUUUGCUUAAAAUAUAUAUUAUGCUAUCACUGCUUGCUGUGUGCAAUGGCAUUUACUAACACUGCUCACUUUAAAAAUGGUCAAAUUCUUAUUUUGCCAGCUAAUUAGCGGUUGCCAGUGUCAUUUUUGUGAUGUUGCAGCUAGUAAUAUAAGCCCAGUUGCAUAGUCACAAAAGUGAUCAUUGGAAACUGUGACUCUGCUGCAGGGACAAUAUGGGAAACCCCUUUUCUGAGCUUCUAACGACCUCUGACCUUUGCUUGCUGAUGGUUUGCAUGGUGAUUUCUUUUUCACUCAAUGAACCAAGGGUUGGUUUGUAUUACUAAUCAUUCUUUCCUAGUUAAUUCUUCCUCCUCUUCUUCUCCUCUUCUUCCUCCCUCUUGAAGUGUGCGUGCGUGUAAAUGUAUAUAUUUAUAUGUGUAUGUAUGUACUUUAUUUGGUUCCUGGUGGCUCCUGGGUCCAGGAAUUAGGUGUUCAACCUAUUAUUUGAGGGGUUGUACUCCCUCUGAGGGAAUAGGUUUGUAGUUUCGGGGUACUCCUGGAUUCCAACUUGUCACUGGAGUCUCAAGCGGCUUCUAUGGCUGGGAGGGCUUAUGCCAGGCUUAGACUGGUUUGCCAGCCCUGGCCAUUCCUGGCUCAGGAUAGCUCCCACCUGGACUACUGUAAUGUAUUCUAUGUGGGGUUGCUCUUGAAGAAGUUCCAGGGAAUGCAGCUAGUGUAGAAUGUGGCUGCUAGGUUGGUAAGUUGGGCAGACCAAUGGAUCAUGUGUCACUGGUCCUUAGAGAACAACACUGGCUGCCAGUGAGCUACUGGGCCCAAUUUAAGGUAUUAGUACUAGAAUAUAAGGCCUUAAAUGGCUUGGGACUUCAUUACGCAAAAGAGUACCUUCUCCAAUAUCAACCAACUUGAACCCUACAAUGGUGCCACCAUCAGGGGUGGCCCGGUAGGCAGUUACCCAUGACAGGGCCUUCUCAGUGGUGGUCCCAUUUAUGGAAUAAGUUGCCCUAGUGAAGUCUGUCAGUUUCCCUCACUAUUAACUUUUAGGAGAAAUUUAGAAACAUUCCUACUUACCCAGGUGUUUAAUGGUUGGCAAUUCUAUCCGUAGCAAACCUGAAAUAAUUAGUUUGACAGUAGGUGAUUGCUUUUAGAUGUUUUAACUGUUUUUAAAAGUUUUAAUUGUAUCGUUUUAGUAUUGCCAUGUUUGCCACCCUGGGCUCCUUGAGGAAGGUGCAGCAUAUAAACUUAAUAAUAAAUAUUAAAACACCCAGAACCUUACUUUAUCAAAAAAGGUUUUUACUGAGUUUGAAAGGACUAAACUUUGAAUGAAACCAUGUAUAAUGUUCCAAAGCUAUUUCUCAGCAAAGCUUGUUUUGAAAUAAUUAUUUUCAAAUGCCUUCUGAACUAUGAAAUACGAUUCAGGUGUCAAUAAAAAAAAAGACAAAUUAUGCUAAGUUGCCCAUAUGAUUAUCUAUAGGUAAGGAGCCAUGCAGAUUUUAAAUGGGCAUAUGUGGGAAACAGAAAUAUGAAAAUAAAUGUCUUAACACUUCUAGCUAGUCCUCGGAGUUGAUUAACGCUUCACAUGCCCCUGUGAGUAGCCUGAUGUUGGUUGUUGUAAAGUGUGAAGGGCGGAAUGCAACAUCCCUAAACCCACAGGGACAGGUCCACCAGGGAGCCACAGUGCUAGCAUGUGUUCAUCUGUGUUUGGAGAGGCACAUCUCUCAGUCACACAGCAAACACCAACAUACCUGCCAUACCACGUGAAGUGUAAAUUGGCUUUUGCUGUGCAUUCAGGAGACCAACCGUUAAUGAGCUGCUGGUCGUGUAUUUCUAUCCCAAGGCCUUUUUUCCAAGUCCAAGACUAUGCUAUUUCAGCAUAACGAUAAUAAUGAAAAUAUUACCCUUAGAAAAGGAUAAAAUGUUAAACUUCCACCUCUCAGAAAGCCUUUGGCUCUAAUUGAUCAUGCUACCUUGAUUUCAAACCAGCGUCUGAUAUCCCCAUUCUUUAGGAUGAGAACUCAACCAUUCACUCUGCGACAAUUGUACCAUUUGGUCCAGCACUUAACAUUGCAAGAAGGCACAUCAUUGCAAAUAUAAUUCUUCCCGUUAAUGCUGCCAUACUGUCAUGGUUGCAUUGGGACUGGUGGGGUCAGAAGGCAGAGAGAGCCCAACAGUAGGCAGAGGCAGAGCCAAGAACAAGCAGAGCCAACUAAUGCUGGUUUUGUCCCCAUCCUCCUCCUUCCUGCUGAUUUCUACCAGGGCAUUGUGGAAAUAAUGAGGAGGAAGCUCAUAGGCAGUGCCCACCCCCUUGGACUGCUUGUAACUCAUGAAUGCCAGGCAGGUCUCAGCCUACUGAAGGUAGAUUAAGGUUGGUGGGACAUUGCCCCAUUCGCCCAAACAGACCAACCUCUACCACAUGGUUGGGGUCUAAACCACUGAACCUAUUAGGCUUGCUGAUCAGAAGGUCAGCAGUUGGAAUUCAUGCAACGGGGUGAGAUCCCGUUGCUCUGUCCCAGCUCCUGCCAACCUAGCAGUUCGAAAGCACGCCAGUGCAAGUAGAUAAAUAGGUACUGCUGUAGCGGGGAGGUAAAUGGCGUUUCCGUGUGCUCUGGCUUCCAUCACGGUGUUCCAUUGUGCCAGAAGCCGUUUAAUCAUGCUGGCCACAUUACCUGGACAGCAGGCUCUGGCUCCCUCGGCCUGAAAGUGAGAUGAGCGCCGCACCCCAUGGUCACCUUUGACUCGACUUGGGCAUUUUAGUGCCUCAAUCCAGGGGUCCUUUACCUUUUUACCUUACCACAUGGUGGGCAGUUGGGAGUACCCCUCAGGUUCACAACUCCUCCAUUUUAAAUGGAAAUGCCCUGCCCUUCCAUUAUGGAUAUAGUGCUUUUGCUAACCGUGCUUAUAGUAAGCCUCAAACUAUGGUCAAAGUGGGUUUGUGAACACUUGCUUGGGCUUAGUAUAUAAGCCCUGUUCAGGUUUUCUGUUACUGAGUAGAGUAAUCAGGCAAGGGGGUGGGGGCAUGCACUAGCUCCACUCCCUCAUUGCCAUUCUAAAUUGCUAUGAACUGGAGCAUAGCUGUGUAAAGAAGGAAUUCUUUGCUAUUUAGUGCCCUGGAAAAACCAAAAGUUCCUCAGUUUACCAUGAUGGAGGGCAGAGCCCAGACGAUCCCUUACAUGAUUAUGCCUGAAGGGAUAUAGUUAGUGAAUAUAUCAGUGUACCUGCCAUGCUAACCAGCUAUCUGCGAAACCAAAGGGAAGAGGAAUAUCAGCAUGAGAUGGGAAGAGCCCACUGAGCAUUCCUGCUAAUCAAACUACAGUUUGGUGAUGUGACCGUGUUGGGGUCUGCACUGAAACAAUACUACAAGAAUGAUGACCCUUGUUGAGAGGCAGCCCUAGUGUGGAAAUGGAAAAGGCGAAAGCUAAAGAGCCAAGUUGGGUGCACUAAUAGGCUUGGGAAUCCUUAGUGGAUUGGGGAUUUUUUCCUUUUGAACGGCAGAUCCCCUUGCAGUAUCACAAACUGCUUUUGGAAGACACUUAGAUUUUGAAAGCAGCUUGCCAUGUUGCAGCGGGAUUGCUUUUUGAGAAACAAAAGCUCAAAGUCCAUUUGGGCGCGUUGGAACUAAUUUUGUGGUCCUUUAGAUUUAAGCCAUAGUCUGGAUAUGCUUUGCCUAAAGAUGCCACUGCUUCAAAAAUCUUACCUAUUUCUGUGGUAUGUUUUGAAGAUUUUUAUUUGUAGUAAGCCCCCAAUUGCACUUUGCAUAAAAACGGGGGGGGGGGGGUUAGUUUCAAUGGGCUUUAUUUAAAACCUACAGCCCAAUUCACAUAAAAAUACUCUGCUGAACUCAGAUGAUGAUGAUAUUAAAUUUCAAAUUUGUAUACCACACUUCAUCUGAGGUUCACAGCAUAAAAUAGAGAAUAAAACCAUAAAGUACAUAUUAAAAACAAAAACAAAACAACCACCACCCACACCACAGAAACAUUUAAGCAGGAUCUGUGGGCUGCUGGGUUUCAAUUUUAGAUGAAAUACUUAUUUCCCAUUUUAAAUCUAUCUGUGAUAGUUGUUAAGGACUUUAAUCUGACGCAGUAGAGCUCCUCUAAUGCCCAUCCUUGCAGCAAGUUUGUAAGAUAGAUAACUAACGUUCCCAUUUUACAGAUGGGAAUUAAAGUUGAGGCACUAAAAUGCCCAAGGCAACUUUGUGAUGUGAGGAAAAAUAGGCUUAGCUUCUAUUUCUCUGAAAAACAGAACAAUGAAGGCCUCAAUGGUCUCUGACUGUCCCCACCCCCCACCCUGCUCUUUCAGGAAUACAGCUUCUACAUUUCAUUUCUAAAUACAGUUACUUUGAAACUAAGAGACGUCAAUUUCAGUGAAAAUGUGGAAGAGCACCAGUGCAGAAUAAUUGCAAGAUUUAACCUAAGAGGAACAAAUUUAUUUGUACUCUUCUACACAUGGCAUGAACAGGAAGAAACCAGGGUGAACAACAUUGCUAAAACAAUCUUAUGUUGAUGUUUUAAAAACGACGCCACUGAUAGCAUUUUUUUUCAUUGUUUCUUUGCUGAAAAACAGGAUAUUUCAGUCUUAUCUCAUGCUGUUUUAGUAUGUGGGAGUUACUGAGGAGCCGGGGGGGGGGCGGGUUGCAGCUUCUGCAUGUAUGUGAAACCAGGUUUCCUCACAGUGAGGAACUGCAUGCACCAAAUAGGUCCUAUGCGUCUCCAAUCAAGCAUCUAGCAGUGUACACACAGAGACCUUUUUCAAAGAUUAACUCCUACUAAUCAGAAGCAAGUUGGGGGUGGGGUGGACGUCUACUUGAUUUCCCCUUUCCUGCCAAACAGCUGAUUGGUGAGGUUUUAUCUUUUGAAAAAGUGCUCUUCAAAUGGAAUAUGCCUUCUAUCAACUGUAGAUUUUACAUUCAUUUGCAUUACAGAUGUGUGAAGUAUAUUUUAAAAAGUGUUUUACUGUUAUGUGUGAAAAUUCUGUUUCUUUUGACUCAAGAAUUCAAGAAGACAUGUAUGUACAGGAGCUUCCAUUUGCAAUAGCCCACUGGGUUAGCACGAAUGUUUACAUGAUCUAGCAUAUAACUAAUAUGUCUGUGUUGUAACACUUCCAUGUGAUUUGGGCUUGGCUUUGCAUACAGGCACUGAGCAGCGACAAUCUUGUUUGAUAGCUAGACUGGCAGUUUCGAAGGUUGCUAUUCUUGGACUAUGUAGUUUUAUCUAUGGCAGUGUCCACUAGAAAAUGUGCCCCGAUGGCUAUUUUAUAGGAGGAAUGAUCGGAGAAUUGCACCCAUUGCCCUAACAAUUUCAUUAAGCCUUUAACUGGGAAAACGGGCUGGAAGAUCAUAGCCUAUGUUGAGCUACUUUAAUAUGCCAAGCCAUCUUUGGGGGGGGGGUAAUAUGUGGAAGAUACUUUAUUUUGGAAUGCUUCUGAUUACUUCAGAAAGUAAUAUAUUUAUCAAUGUCUAUAUUUGUUUUAUUACAGAAAAGUAAACAAGUGCUACAGGGGUCGUUCUUGUCCGGUAAUUGUUCAUUGCAGGCAAGUACCAUUUUCAACCCACCCUCAAAAGAGGCUCACAAGGAGAUUGCAUGGACUGAACAAAAUAUGCAGAUGAUUUCUGUAGCUUGAUUUGCGAAAUGAGCAAAAACUGUUCCUUAUUGUUCUGCCCCCCAAAAAACUGCAUUUGCUGAUGAGGAGAGUCUCUAGUAAAUGGGAAGAUUCCUCACACUUCAGAUUUCACCAUGAAAAUAUGAAAGUUGCUUAAGCCCAUCAGAAAUAACCAGUGGGGUCUCAAUACCAUCUCACCAGCAAUUCUUCCUUCUCCCUCCGACCUACAACAGUACAGUUCACACAGGCACCAAACAGCACUAUCUCAUACCUGCUUAGAAGUAAGUCGCAUCAAGCUCAAUGGGGUUUUACUCCCAGGUAAAUCAGUGUACGGUUAUAGCCUCACCCUCUCUGCAUCUGUAAAUAAAUAGGCCCUGUUACUUGCUUGGCAGCUCAUUGAACAUUUAUUUCAAAAGCCUUCAAACAUUACUUUUCCCAGUACCACGUGUUACUGCUUUGAGAGAAAUUUCAUUAUACAGUUUAGGCAUGGAUUCCAUACUGUUCAGUUCAAGGACUGGUGUGGUGUGGGAGACUCAGAACUGGGGAAUCCAAGCUGCCUUUAUUUGGUCCAUGGCUGCCUGUCUUUUUCCCUCCAUGUUCAUAAUGCCACAAGCUCAUAGGAAGGGAAGAGAUUUGAGACUAAGGAACUGCUAAACAGAAUAGACUUCCAAGAAGCAUAUUAUUUGGUAAGCCAGCUGAGAAUUUGCUUCCAAAUAAGAGAGUUCAUAGAUUGUGGUUUAUAACCAGAAAACCCUGCCAGUUUCGAGGCUCCGUUGUGUAAAACUCAGGGAAUUGUGCCAUUUUCAAGACUCUAGUAGACUUCUGAAUUUGCCUGGACUGGCACGGUUUAUUUUGCUAUAAAAGAGAAGAAGCACAUGCCUCCUAAUUUUUACAUAUAUUACGAUAUCCUUGUCAAAUAUUUUUUUUUAAUCGCUCAAUUAUUUCUAUUGACUCUUAAGUCUAAUGUCAAAACGUUAACUCUGUGGUUAAAAACCACACCCCUGAUCUAGUAAAUUGUACUUAAAUCAGAAUGCCUUCAAAACCACAGUAACACCACUGUCUUCUCCCCAAACCCCUCCAGUCCAGAAAUAAGUUCUGUAGGUAAAGAAAAUCAACAAAAGCAAAUUACUUUAAGUGAUAUAUCUCCCUCGUUCUCUCUCCGUCAAGCAUAGUCACAAAAAUGCCACCUUAAAAACUGGGGGAAAGGGCAAGAAAAAUUGAUUGCUUAGAAUCUUAAUUUUGUAUACUGGCAACAUCUAUGAAAACUAACACCUUUCCAAUUAGAAGCUGGUAUCUGACAGCAAAUGGAAACUGCUUUCAGAUUAGGGAUCUUGACAUCUUCACAUGGAUCACUUGGAAGUCUCCAAAAUUAUCGUGUGUGUUCCAAGGGGGUUAGAAAUACUUUCAGAAGCUGCAUGGUAUUUCCCCCCUAACCAAAACAGCUACUAUAUUAAAGAAAAAGGAAAUCGGCAGCAUUUUUCUCCAAGCCCAGGUGGCUAGUAUCCAAUUCAUUUAUAAGGAAAUAGUACAAUCCUUUCCCCCCAGUUUAAGAAGAUGCAAGUGAUUGUAAGGUUGGUUUGUUGACAAGAACGUUCCUAUAAGCUCAGAUACCGGGGAGAGCAGUCAUUUGGAGAAGAUGCUACUCUGUCCGUUUAGCUUUUUGCUAACAGACCUGACUGAACAGCUCUUGAUCAUGGAUACUUGGCUUCUAGAAUUACUCACUUUAUCACAGUACUCUUCAAAAAUAUUUGGAGACGUCUUUCCAAAAUAAGCAAGUAUUUGCCCUUAACGAAAACACAAAUUCAUCUUGCAGAAUUGUAGAGUUUAUCCAAAUAAUAAUGUAACAGCUGCCAAGCUUGUGAGGACAGUUUGUUAAAGAAAGCUUGUCUAACAUAUAUCAUCUUUCCACCUCAACUCAGCCCUUUAUGCUACUAUACUUCCAGCGUCGCAUUUCUGUCGGGGUUUUGAGCAUGUUGAAUUGAUCAUGGGCUAUUGUUGUUUUUCCCCCUCUCCCCCCCUCUCUGUAGUGACGGUGCGGGAAGAAGUGGAACCUACAUCCUAAUUGACAUGGUUCUCAAUAAAAUGGCCAAAGGUGAGAAUCGAAAGUGCUGUCGCUUUUUGAGUUCUGAGAUGUGGUGGCGUUGUCAUGGCAACGCAGGCGCAAUAUUCGCAAAAGGGGCCUCAGAUAGAUUAGAGGCAAAUUUUACCCUCGCCUGAAUGUUCUCGGGGCUUUUUUUAUUUUGUUUUUCCGAUGUCCACAGUGAUUAAAAAUGAAGCAAAAUUUCAACCCCUGGAGCUCUAUAUGAAUGAAUCUCACACAUGUGUGGUUGGAUUUGUACUUUCACAAAUUUACAUAACUUUUAUUGGCAAAAAAUGUUAUGAACUACGCAGUAAAUAUUUAUUUAGUUUUGCCCUACAUUCACUCUCUGUGUGGUAUGCAGCAGUUGACAUUCACCUGACCGUAAUUUGUGUUCAAGGGCUUCUCUUGCUUUGAAGAUGACAGAAAACUGAAAUAAGCAAGUAGAAUAUUUUGACCUUUUUGAAAUAUUUCUCUUUAUGCUCCCCUCCUCCUUUCCUCUUAUAUGACUGGAUUGCUCAGUCAGGAAGUUUCCACAGUAUUCCGGUGAAGCUGCAGAACACAUCAACUAGAUCAUGGGAGUUUCUAUUACAUUAAGCAAUAUAACAUUAUUUUAUGGCCUUUCUCUUGCUUCUCUUUAACAUCAACCACCACCAAUUUCUUUCUUUCUUUCUUUCUUUCUCUCUCUCUCUCUCUCUCUCUCUCUCUCUCUUUCUCUCUUUCUCUCUCACACACAUUGUGCUAGUGAAGUUUUUCUCACUACUUACUCUUAAGCUAGGAAGAUUUACAUGCUGAUUUUUUACAUGUCAUACUUCUGUUAGACAUGGGAUCAGGACCAGCCUAGCAGGGAGGAAUGUUCAGAAUUCUUCAUGUCUUGUUUGCUCCACGCUUACUCAGCAAUUAGCACCCUGCAACCAAAUCCAGUCUGCUGGGCCAUGUCAUCAGGUGCGCCUCCCAAUAAGAGGUGGAGCUCCAUAACAUCUCUUAUAGUAGGAUUGGACAUCAGCCUGGUUGUAGGGGCAGGAUGGAACCUUGCUGCUUCACCCCCUCCCCUUCUCACAAUGGUUUUCCAGUAGAAUGGAAAUGGAAUACUGUCCAGGUAAAGGUACCCCUGACAGUUAGGUCCAGUCUGGGUUGCAGCGCUCAUCUCGCUCUAUAGGCCAAGGGAGCCAGCGUUUGUCCGCAGACAGCUUCCGGGUCAUGUGGCCAGCAUGACUAAACCACUUCUGGUGAACCAGAGCAGCACACGGAAACACCGUUUACUUUCCCGCCAGAGCGGUACCUAUUUAUCUACUUGCACUUGACGUGCUUUCAAACUGCUAGGUGGGCAGGAGCUGAGACCGAGCAACGGGAGCUCACCCCAUCACGUGGAUUCGAACUGCCGACCUUCCGAUCGGCAAGCCCUAGGCUCUGUGGUUUAGACCACAGCGCCACCUGCGUCCCACUGUCCAGGUAGUAUACGCAUAACCAUUUAAAAACGCUUCCAGGACAGUUGCACCAGCAGAUAGUUGCCUACAGUGGUAUGUUCCACACUAAGCCACUUUCACUGGGUGUUAAGAAUUCAAGACCAAGCAUACCUGCAAUGUUACCUAGAUAUUGAUUGCAACUCUUCAGUAAUUCCUUCCAUGACUAACGAAGGAUAUAAAUUUAAGAAAAUAAAUGUAAGAAACACUCUCCCCCCCCCCCCCCAAGACACUUCAGUAGGAACCAAGCUAAGCCAGGAGUGAAUACUUUUCAUUUGGUACAUAGUGUACUCGCUUUCGACCAGAUCCCUCAAUGAAGACUCCUGAGUAAGCUUAGCAUAGCAGUUCCCUUGUCCAUCAGGAAUUGAUUAAGUAGCAGGAAGAAGAGACUAGGAAUAGUACUCUGGAGAGUUGCAGAAUGUGGAGUUCUCCCAAGAGAUCACUACUGUGCUUUUUAACAUGUUCAUAAAUGAUCUAGCGUUAGGGGUGAGAAGUGAGGUGGCCAGGAUUGCUGAUGAUACCGAGUAGUUCAAGAUAAUGAAAAAGAAAGGGAGAUUAUGAAGAACUCCAAAAGGAUCUCUCAGUGCUGAGUGAAUGGGUGGUAAAAUGGCAAAUGCAAUUGACUAUAAAGUGAUGCAUGUCAAUGCACAAAAAAAUCCUAAUUUCACAUUUCACACUCAGGGGGUCUGACCUGGUGGUGACUGAUGGAAGAUGUUGACCUAGUGCGACAAAGCUGCUGUGAGAAAGCUAGAGAUCAUUAGGAAAUGAAAGGAAAACAAAACUGCUAUUAUCAUGAUUCAGUUAUACAAAUCUAUGGUGCAAACACAUUUGUAUAGUUCUGGCCACCUCACCAGUGGGUAUCAUAGAGUUGGAAAGAAUCAUAGAGUUGGAAAGAAUUCAGAUAAGGCCAACCAAAAUCAUCAGUUCUCAUAUGAGGAACAAUUCUCAUAUGAGGAAAGGCUGCAGCAUUGGAGACUUCUUGGUUUAGAGAAAAGGCGAGUCAGAAGUGACAUGAUAGAAGUUUAUAAAGCUAAGCAUGGCAUCAUCUUCUUCUUUGGCGAUCACUUAUAGCUGAGUAAGAUUGUCUUCCAUGAACACGGUUUUAACAAUGAGUCCGUAAGAGACUGUGGAGGCCAAUUCUGGAUCCACACAUCCUUCUACAGUGGGGACAUAGGUUUCCGGGUGGGAGUUGAUCACGGUGUGGAUUUGCCAACCGUGCCUUCCUCUUAGCACAUUUCUCCCUUGCGUCCUGAGCUUGAGUGUCUUCAAAGCACAUGACAUCUUUGGUAAAGGCUGUUCUCCAACUGGAGCGCUCGCAGGCCAGUGUUUCCCAGUUGUCAAGUGUUUAUACUACAUUUUUUUAGAUUUGCCUUGAGACAGUCUUUAAACCUCUUUUGUUGACCACCAGCAUUACGCUUUCCAUUUUUAAGUUUGGAAUAGAGUAGUUGCUUUAGAAGACGAUAAUCAGGCAUCCACACAACAUGACCAGUCCAACGAAAUUGAUGUUGAAGAAUCAGGUGAUCUUCAUCCAGUACACUGAUAGUAGUUCACCUGUCUUCCUAAGUGAUGUGUAAGAUUUUUCAGAGACACCGUUGAUGGAAUCUUUCGAAUCUUUCAAGAAGUUGGAGAUGGCAUUUAUAAGCGGUCCAUGUUUCACAAGCAUACAGUAAAGUUGGUAGUACAAUAGCUUUGUAAACAAGCAUUUUUGUUUCCCUGCGAAUGUCCUGGUCCACAAACACUCUGCACUUCAGUUGGGAGAAAGCCGCACUCACAGAGCUCAGGCAAUAUUGGAUUUCGGCAUCAAUGUUAGCCCUUGUGGAAAGAUAACUGCCUAGGUAGGAGAAGUGAUCGACAAUUUCCAACGUUACACCAUUGAGUUGGAUUUGUGGUGCUACAGAGGGGUAAUGUUGUACUUGUUGGUGCAGCACUUUUGGUUCCAAGCAUGGCAUGUGGAAAGGGGAGAUGUUUUUCUCCUCUCGUAACACUAGAAUACAUGGGCGCCCUGUGAAGUUGAAUGUUGGAAGAUUCAGGACAGAGAAAUGUUCUUCAUCUAGCACAUAUGCUAUGGAACUUGCUCCCAAAGGAAGCCGUGAUGGCCACCAACUUAGAUGGCUUUGAAAGAGAAUUGGGCAAUGUCAUGGAGGUCAAGGCUAUCAAUGGCUACUAGCCACAAUGGCUAUUCUCUGCCUCCACAGUUGGGACGCAGUAAUGCUUCUGGAUUCUAGUUACUGGAAAGGAGAGUUGCAGGAGAGGAGAGGCUCUUGUGCUCAGGUCCUGCUUGCCAGUUUCCCACAAGCAUCUGGGUGGCCACUGUGAGAACAGGACACUGGACUAGGUGGGCCCAUUGGCCCGAUGGCUCUUCUUAUGUUCUUAAUAGAGCUUCUGUAUUGCCUCUUAAUUAACACACGGGCAGAAAAGCAUAGCUCAUUCUGCAUGGCCAUGGGGAUUUUAAGCUAGAGUUUCUUGAAGAGCAGCUUUUUAAGCUACAUGGCAAUGCACUUUGAAAUUGAGGGGACUUUCAGACUGGGUGCUUGCUCUAUGCAAGACAAAUGCUUUGUUGGAACAGAUGCAUGAGAAGAUGGAUGGACUUGAUGAAUGAGAAAAUGGAUUUGACUGUUAUGGCUAAUAACAUUGAUACAGAAAUCAUCCAAGAACCAAUCUAUCAAUCUGCACUGACUGGGCAAGUGCAGAUGACAAUGGAGGAGGAUGCGGCUGCACCUCAAAUAGUACAAAUGGAGAGACCCAAGGCCCUACAGGAGCAUAAGCCGCUGUUUUUGAAAAUUGAAGUUGGAGUGGGCCAAGGGGAGUCUGGAGAUGAGGAGGUUCCUAGCCUUGGAGAGACCUUGAAAUUUGAUCUUAAAUCCAUUUUGGAUUAUACCGAAGACUGUGGGGAGUGGGACUGUGGGGAACGGGUGAGCUGGAUGAAGGGUGAUGGAGAUAAUUUUGGGUUGGAAUCCCCCAGAGACCUACUCCUCAAUGAGAAAGGAAAGAAACUAAGACAGAGACCAACAAAAGACAAGGAAAAGGGCAAGCACAAACAAGAUGAAGAAGAAUUGCAGAAGGGACAUGGAAGAGAUUUAAGGGCCUUGGACAUAAGGCUUCCAGGUUGAUGGACUAGAUGGAAUGGACAAUAAGGACUGACAUGACCCGUGACCAGGAAGAAGAGACGCUGGAUGAUGAUUGAAAGAGAAUUUAUAAUGGAAUUUUUUUAUUUUAGAAUUAGCUAAUGAAUAUUAGGGAAAAUGUGGGAAUGAAACUAUACGACUCUAGCAGAAAUGAUAUUAGGAGCUAUGUAUAUUUGAAAUUUAAGAUUUAAGUCUUAAGGCACUUAGGGGUAAGAUAAGGUCAAAUAAAUUAAGGUAAUUUGAAUAACAGAAUAUGGGGAAAGAUGGUAAGGAUUUGUUGAGUUAACUAUUAGGUUAAAUUGUUAAGAUAAAUUUUAUAACAAAAAUUGAGAAAGAUGGAAAGAAUUUGCUGAAAUAAUUACUAAACUAGAACACAAAAACGGAGGUGUGAGGAGGUCAAUGAAACAAGCAAAUGGAAAUUAUGGAUAUGCAAUUUGGGAUUUGUGUGUGUUUUUUUUCUUUUUUCUUCUUUUUUUACUUUCUUUUGUUGUAUUGUCGUAUUGGUUUUUCAUGUUUUUCAUAUUUUGUGCUUUUCUCUUUUUUUUUAAUUGCUUGUCUUUUUUUUCCUUUUUGUAUUGUAGUGUUGUUUUUUAUUUGUUCUUAUUCUUGUAAUUUUGAAAUUAUCAAUAAAUAUUAUUUAAAAAAUAAAUAAAUUGAGAGGACUUUCAAAAGCAGUUUAUGACAUGACACGGGGAUAUGGUAUUUAACUAAAAAAAUUGGGGGGGGGGGCAGAAUCAGGUGGGCACGCCUAAGCUUGCAAGCAUGUCUAAAAUAGUGUUGAAUGAGAUUAGCUGCUUGCUUUCUGAUAGCUUAGCUUGUGUGAUAGGAGGUAAGUAGUUCUAAAUACUAAAAGGAGAAUCAACGGCUUAUAUAUUUACCGCAUAUUGGAUAUCUAUGUUGAGAGGAAUGCUAUAUUCUUCCCAAUGAUACCUGCACCUCCAAGGCAUGUAUAGGAAUUAACAACUGAUUCUAGGAGUAUUCAGUGAUUUGUAUUACACCUUAGGCUGUAGAAAUGCAGUCCAAUUCAUCAUAGCAGAUAAUGAUGCGGCUAAUAGUUACUUUAUGCCGAGAACCAUAAUAUUAAGUAAUAACAUAUGUGCUAAUAAAUACCAAGUAGUGUUAAAACCAUAGGGUGAUCUCCUGUUUUUACUCAUGACCAGACCCUGAACAUGAUUUAGUUGGGUAUCAUCAGGGGGGUGGGGGGUGGUGUGUUCUACAGUCAGCAUCUAAACAGCUCAAUAUGGAGCUCUAUUAUGCCCCAUACCAGACUCUUUCCAGUAAAGCAAAUUAUUUUCUUAAAUGCUCUAGCCAUUAAAUGUAUGAGAAAACAAAUUGUAGCAAUAAAAUACUAUAAACCAUAUCCUGCAGUUAGCAGAAAAAGGAAAGCUGUUUUUAUUCAUACCUGGGUUGCUCUUGAUCAGGCAUCCCCAACCUGUGGCCCUCCAGAUGUUUUGGCCUACAACUCCCAUGAUCCCUAGCUAACUAGACCAGUGGUCAGUGAUGAUGGCAACUGUAGUCCAAAACAUCUGGAGGGCCAAAGGUUAGGGUGCCUGCUCUUGAUAAUGAACUUUGUGUCCAAAUUUUGCACUGAAAUAGUGAAGUUCCCAUUAUUUACUUUCCAAGUGGCCUGGGCAGAACCAGUUUACAGGCCUCUGCCCUAAGGAAAACAGUCUAAUCAUUGCCCCUUUAAAGAAGCCACUGAUGCUUAGUCUCCCCACCUCAUCCCCGAACAUCUCUUAUAUUAGCUGGAAGCCCUAGGAAUCAGCAUAAGAAAAAUUGCCUACAAAGCUGAACAUAGAACUCUGCAAUCUCAAUCUAUUCCACUUCAUAAUGAUGCAAGACCUAUCACUGAUGAUCAUUUCACUGAGGCCGAAGCAAUGAAGAUGACAAAAGUAUAUUUAUAUGCCACUAAAAGUUUGAGAUUGACAAAGUAUAUUACUUUAAAUGUACAUAACUGUCUUUUUCUGUAAAUUAACUAUUAGGGCCAGAUUUAAUAAGAAUACCAUAACAACAAUAACAUUUUUGAAAUUAUUUAUACCUCACCCAUCUGGCUGGGUUUCCCCAGCCAAUCUGCCCUGAACAGUGUGUAAUUUUUCUCUGCCACAGAUUCUCAUGUGGGAAAAGUUCAGGCAUCAUCACCAUGUGGUAAAGUCAUAGAUUAGAAUAAUCUACGCUUAGUGAAACGGAGGCGUGACGGUAUCUCACCAAACUAUAGUGUUUCAUCACUAUAGUCUUUCAAAGAAUGUUGGUUUCCUCUUUGAUUUCACAGUUCCAAGAGUGGUUUGCUCUACAUAUUGCUACUCUGAAACCCUUGAAGGAAGAGAGAUUGCGCUUGAGUUGCUUACGGAAUACUGUAGUUUGAUUGCUGAGAAAUCUAACCUGCAUUAUCUGAAAAUCACCCCCUCCCCGAGCACACUUUUUCAGAUAGUUUAAACAUUAAAAAAACCUCUCAUCGGCUCAACUUUGUAGAUGCAGCACUAUGAAGUCUUUGGUUUCACAGAACUACUCAUCAAAGACUGCUUUGUGUGAUGAGAAAUUCUGCAUAUAUCAAAAGUAAUGCAUAGCAGGGCACCCAACAACAUGACUUAAUCAUAAAUAAUGCAUCUUAACAUAUUUACAGUGCUUUUUGCCUUAUUUCCAAUGAUGCUGAAAGAUUAGGAUACCAGAUGAUCUAGAAUAUGGGGUUUCCCCAAAAAAAUCUCCUCCUAUACAUGCCUGGAAAUUAGUCCCAUUCCACAGGACUUAAUUUUUAAGAGACGUGCACAGGAUUACACCAUUAAGGUGGGAUAUAUAGCGUACCUUUGUGUGCCAUGUGAGUGAAUUUUGUCUUGUGCCCUCUUUGUUUCUUGUGCCCUGUCUGCUGCCCAGUUCACGUGUAAUGUUGAGCCAAACUAUAGUUAAGUGCGAACAUGUAGAUGUCACAGCAGAAAUCAUGGCCUCCCCCAGUCCUCCCUGUAGGGUGGCCUGGAUUGUCUAGUGUGAGUCAAACUAUGAACCCAGGAUCAGAUGUGGCACAAAGCCAAAUCAUGGAUUUUUAAUGGGUUGCACAGCAGCAGGAGGACUGAGGGGUCGCAAAGCAGCCAAGUAUCCAAACAAUCAUGUGUUCAUGCUUAGCAACGGUUUGCUUUAGCGUUAUGCACAAAGUGUGUGUGUGUCCUGUCUUAAAAGGGUCUCAUCUACCUUUUGUCCAUUAGGCAAUGCCUCUGAGCUUAUCUAUACAUAGGGAUGUCUCUUAUUUUCAUGUUUGAAAUACUGGUGGCUAUGUUAUUAUUUGAGAAUGUGGGCGUUGUCUUCAUUUUUGGUUUCGGCAACUUGACCUUGCCAUGUAUGCCUUGUCCGGUAUGACUGUGUUUUCUGUGCGCUGCACUACGUUAUAAUUUUUUCCCCUUAAAAAACAAAAUGAAACAGUUCACUGAGGAUCUUUUGCCAUUUGUGCAAAAAAAAAAAAAGGCAUUUCAUUUGCUUGGAACAUUUGAAUUGCAAGUGGCAUCUUGUUCUGCCUGUAUCAAAGUUAUUGAGCUGAGGGAGGGAGCAGACAUGCCACAUUUAUUAGACUUUUGUUAAGCUCAUUCCAUUUUUCCAUCAGAGGUUGCAAUGAAAGCAAAACUGCAAAAUACAUACUGUUUUCUUCACAGAAUAGUAAACAAGUAGUAUUUUCUAGCUUCGAGCUUUCAACCACUUAAGGGAAAGGUUGACUUUGUUACAAGAGCUCUAAAGAAUGCCAUUUACUGACUCCAUUGUACCAUGUAAUGUCAAAUUCCAUUUUAAGUGUGGGCUUAGUGUGGCACAAUGCAAGACAAGUCAUGUGAAACUGGCUAAAGAAAAGAGUUGCAGGGUUUUUCAGAUUGGUCAGCCCCAUUUUGUUCUUGACCUGCACCCCUCUGCCAUUGGGGGUGUGCAGUCUGAAAUCCCUGACCUGGCGCUUUUGGGCAGUUUAAAUGAAAGAUCAAAGGGCAGAGCGGGCAUCUCAGCCCUGCUGAGGUGGGCCUUUCCCAGGCUGUCACACUGUGAGGCAGCCAAAGUUUUUGUUCUGACAGGAAUCUAGGGACCGGUCUGUGAGGCCUAGCCCUCCUUUGUCUGGCCUGAGAAGUUUGAGGCCCAGGUUGAGAAUCCAGCGCUCAUCAAAUGAUCAAAGGCCUGAAGUCCAGGACAUGAAAUCUUUCUUUCCAUUUCCUUUUCUUAAAGAAUGAAUUGCACAAGUACCAAUGAAUACCCUUGCCGUUGCUUUUUCUGUGGUGCAAACACUAACUUUAGAGUCCUUCAGUUCUAAACAUAAAAAUGUAAGUGCACUUUCAGUCUAGGGCCAGCUGCAAGGACAGCAUCUGCUAACAUGUUUUAGGGAAAGGGGGGGUGCUUUUAAGGAUUAAGGCCUUCAGGUUUUGUGUUCUUUUUUUUUUUUAAAGGACUUUUAUGAAUAAGAGUAAUCUGAGUUCUUGUUCCACACUCUGCUUUAUUAGAAAGCAGGCAAUAAUGGAUUUUAAAAUCAAAGUAAAUACAGCACCACUUAGUUUCAGCAGUGGGAAAGUGAAAAGCAAUCAGUAAGAUGCUUUGGCUCUUCAGUAGCUCUUUAAAUAGCACAUGUUUAGGAAAAGGGACUCCUUUUUCACAUAAUUUACUUUUCUGUGUUCAAAACAGUUUCCCCUAGCUGACUGUACAAGGCACCGAUGCUUGUAUUUCAGUACUUUAGAAGUUCGUAUUUUCUGCUAUUAAUCCUUCCUUUGAUUUAAAACAAGAAAAAUCACAUUUUAAAUGAUCUUACGGAAUUUUAAGAGGGAGGGGGAAAUCCAGUGGGUUUGGGGUUUGUUUGUUUUCAGUUCCCAGUUUUGAUACUGAAGUUACGAUUUCAUGAGUUUCUCAUUUGUCCAGUUUUUCUUCUAACCAGAGGUUCAGCUUCACUUAAUAUAAAUGGUUAGCACAGUGGUACUCCAAUAAUAGUUGCCGCUAAUAUUAAGUGUUUCAGGUGUUUUUGUUCUGCGUGUUGUGUAGCAAGAGGGUAUAUUUACAGAUUUCAUGAUGGCGGGAGGAGAGCUGUGCUGGGAACAUACAUUCCAGGCCCUUAGUUCCUUUUGUUAUUCAAACAGCUGCAUAAUGCAGUUGUGGAGUGUUUGGCCUCAUACAACAUCAUGAAGGAUUUGCUGCAACUCUCUGUGAGGCAGAGGUGCGGAACAUAUGUAUGUGUGCACACUUCAGAUGAAUUAUGAUGCACUUUUUAUUUACAUCGUGGUCUUUUCAUUUCAUGUAUUAAGUUACAUUUGGUCUGAAGUGCCAUUCUUUACCAUUGUAAUCAUUAAGUGUUGGUUUUUUAUUGGGGGGGGUGGAGUGAGGAGGAAGACUUUUCAUACCAAAUUUCCCACACCACUUUUCUUUUUCUGCAGUCUGCCAUGAAUACUGAGGGCACAGUCCAUGCUACCUAUGCAACCACCUUGAAAUAAAUGGGAGUUAGGAAAGAGUACACAUUACAAAACUGGAAGAUAAAUCAGGCCUGCAGCUGUGAUGAUGGAAUAAAAGGCAGUGUGAAGAGACCCUGACACUCAGAGUCACUGAGUGGUAUUUAGUUAAGUUUUGCUCAGAGCAGAUCCAUUGAAAUCAAUGGACCUAGCUUAAGUCACGUUCAUUUCAGUGGAUCUAUUCUGAGUAAAACUUAAGUUGCGUACCAUGUUAUCUUUGUCCUCGUUCCUAGAACUCUCUCCCAUAAAACCCAUGUGGUACCCCUUCUCUCUCUUCUUAAAUCUUUCCUCAAAAGUCCCAUUUCCUGCAAGUACUUUGCUGUCCUUUCUAACUAAAAUAAAACUACUACAAUGCAAUGCAUAAAAAUAAAUCCCACUAUGUUCAAUGGGGCUUCUUCCUGACAAAUGCAUAUAGGGUUGUAGCAUAAAAAUGUGAAGUGAUGUUCACUCUCAGUCAUCGCUUGCGGCUUCCUCAAUUUAUAAACUGGGGUUGUUUUAUGUAUUUUGCUUGUUUUGCCCUGUGAAAUCUCACAGAACUUACAGCUAAAAACACAUACUGUACUUUACAAUAUAAUGUUCAAGCAUAAGAACAGAGCUAUGCUCACAUACUAAAAAAAAUGAAAUCUUGCAUAAUUCCUGUAUACCUUAUUUCUUUCCACCCAUGUUUGAGCUUCAUGAAGCAAUAUGGAGCCGUGUUUACAAGCCUGAUUCACAAGUCUGCAAUCCAGUUAAGCUCAAUAAUAUGUUUCUAUGCUGCUUUUUGUCCCACGUGUGUUGGCUUAAUUAAAAUUGUGAAUCAGUAAUGUUGUAGUGGAAAUAUCAUUAAUUUACAGAGUUUUAUAAAUCUGAAAUAAUGUAACUUCCAACAAUGUAACUUUUGCUUCCGAGAUCCAAUUUCCAAAUAAAUAUCUGCAUAGGCCUUUCUUAUUGCCAUAUUUUACAAUGUAGUUCUGGGGAAAAUACGCAGUGUUAUUGAUCUGAUAGUUCAAAGGAUAUGAGUGGGUUGGCACAGAGACAUAAUUACUGAGAAGCCCACAAAGAAGGAGAAAAGUCUUCUGUUCUAAAAAGUAGCUGUCUUGCCUUCUAGGUUUUGAAUUUUAUUGAAUCACUAAGCCUUGAACUUUGUAGCUCAUUAGACCCAGUCAGUUAUCCGAUGGAGGAAAAAAGUGAAAGCACCAGAAACAGCCUGAAUCUUGCUUUCAUUUUUAGGCAUAUUUUUCACAAGCCAAUUUUAGGUCAUUUCAAGUAAGAACACUCUAUGUUCUCUGAAAUACUGCGGCUGCAGUUUUGUCAAAAUAGCUCUUUGCGUUCAACAAAAUCUUAUUAUAUAUUUACAAAGGCAUUAUGUGAGUGAGCUGCUUUUAAUGUAAUGUUAACUGACGAUGGAGUUAGCUAGUUUAACACAAUUAUGCAGUAUUGUUGGCUGCGGCAAGUUUUUUCAACAGAUAGUCAACCACAGUUAAAACUGUGCCUCAAGCCGUAUUCAAAUGCAAACAUGGAAGAAGACAGUUUUAGUUUUUAACUGAUAAAGACUAUUUAAUAUUUUUUAAGCAUGCUUUUAGAGAAUACUCCCAGCGAGUUCAAAAACAUGGUAGUCUUUUUCAGAUGGGUUAAAGCAGCAAGGCCAUUUCAGCGAAGCGAAGCCCACCUAUCCAACACCUGAUGUCAAGCAGAGGGCCUUCUCGGUAGUGGCACCCACCCUGUGGAAUGCCCUCCCAUCAAAUGUCAAGGAAAUGAGCAGGGAUGCAGGUGGUGCUGUGGUCUAAACCGCCAAGUGUCUUGUCUUGGGCUUGCCAAUUGUAAAGUCGGCAGCUCAAAUCAGCAUGACCAGGUGAGCUCCCAUUGCUUUGUCCCAGCUCCUGCCAACCUAACAUCUUGAAAGCAUAACAGUGUGAGUAGAUAGGUAGGUAGCGCUGUCGCGGGAAGGUAAACGGCGCUUCCGUGCGCUCUGGCUUCUGUCACAGUGUCCUGUUGUGCCAGAAAUGGUUUAGUCAUGUUGGCUACAUGACCCAGAAAGCUGUCUGUGGACAAACGCCAGCUCCCUCGGUCUGAAAGCAGAGAUGAGCGCCAUACCCCAUAGUCGAUUUUGGACUGGACUUAACCAUCGAGGGGUCCUUUACCUUUACUUUUACUUUGCCAAGGAGAUUAGUAACUAUAUAACCUUUAGGAGACAUCUGAAGGCAGCCCUGUAUAGGGAAACUUAUUAAGGUAUUAUGUUUUAUUAUGUUUUAUGUAUGUUGGAAGCCGUCCAGAGUGGCUGGGGCAACCCAGUCAGAUGGGCAGGGUAUAAAUAAUUUGUUGUUGAUGAUGUUAUGUGAUGUCAGAUGUGGAAUAUGUAAAGAUACAGUUUGGACAAGAGAAGGUUUUGCAGAACUGCUGAUCAGCUCAUAGUGGUGCUUCCAAAGCCCUAUGUGACGUGACUCACCUAGAUGAAUAGUCGCAGGUUCCAGUAGAGAAAUUUGUAGGCACACACAGACUUCCAAACAUUAUAGACAACUUAAGCAAAAUAGAACCAUUUGAGUAAGGAGCUGGAUCGUGCACUGCAAGGAGUUGAUACCUCCUUGAACAGUUAUCCAAGAAUUUCUUUUCAUUGGAAGUAAGCAAAACAAUUUAUUUAUUUAUUUUCAUUUAUUUAUUUAUUUCUGUUAAUAAUCGAGAUUUUUCCCCCAGCCCUGUGGUAUUUAGAAUGGAAGAGUUAACAGCAGAAACUAUAAAAACUGCCUCAUUUAUUCAGGGUUGGGACCUUUGAAUUGAUCACACACAGUCAAUAUCUUUAGAAGGAGAAAAAAGACUUCCAGAGCUUUAGAAGAUUCUGAAAAGAAUGAGCUGAUAUCAAUAAGUUUGAAAUAGUAAUCAAUUUGGAAAUAAGAAAUCUCAUGGACUGAAGUCACAGAAGAGACAAGUUUGUAGAGGAUGCAGGCAACAUUUCUGCAUGCAAAACAUAGUUGUAUUUAUGAGGUAAAUAACAGACACCGCCAGUAGAAAUUGUGUGUUGUCUGUUAAAGAUAAAAAGGUAAAGGUAAAGGUACCCCUGCCCGUACGGGCCAGUCUUGACAGACUGUAGGGUUGUGCGCCCAUCUCACUCAAGAGGCCGGGGGCCAGCGCUGUCCAGAGACACUUCCGGGUCACGUGGCCAGCGUGACAAGCUGCAUCUGGCGAGCCAGCGCAGCACACGGAACGCCAUUUACCUUCCCGCUAGUAAGCGGUCCCUAUUUAUCUACGUGCACCCGGGGGUGCUUUCGAACUGCUAGGUUGGCAGGCGCUGGGACCGAGCAACGGGAGCGCACCCCGCCGCGGGGAUUCGAACCGCCGACCUGACGAUCGGCAAGUCCUAGGUGCUGAGGUUUUACCCACAGCGCCACCCGCGUCCCGCCUGUUAAAGAUACAGCCAUACAAAAGAUUGGAGAAGGAAGCAAGCAUUUUCAUCGAAAUAUCUGUCUUAAUCCAUAGUUAAGUUUCAAAAGAGCAUAGAACUGAGCUCAGAAUGGCAUGUUUUAUGACGGACUCUUUAAAUUAAUGCUUCGGAAUUUUGUUUUAUAAUUUCCUGGGCAUUCUGUGUAUUUUGUUUUGUUUGUUGUGUGGUUAGCAUAUCCUAAAUGGGAUUCUUCUUGCUAGCUUUCAUGGUAGCUGUAAGGAAGAAAAUGGAGCAGUGAAAAAUUUCUGUAUAGCGUUAUGUUUGUUAAUUAAGUUUGACAUUUGACGCAGCUCAGAAUUGGCCUGAGUUAGUGAUCUUCUUGCUUAAUCCAGACCUUUUAAGGGCUCUCAGUUUUGUGGCGUAUGAAUGUACUUGCUUGUCUCGCAGCAGGAGUUGGGUGGGCUGCUUCAAAGCAUACUGAUAAUGAAGAUCUACAUGAAAGGGCUAGCCAAGUAAUGCUAUAUUUAUCAAGAAACAAAUGUUUUUAGUCAACACAAAUGUGGAAAAAUAAAUUCUAUGCAUAUUUAAGUUCCACAUGGAAUGUAGCAUUUUCAAAGCACCCUAAAGCUGUUAGAACAGGAUUUGGUUGUAACUUAAUUCACCCCCAAAGGAAGUGCUCUGUGAAUGUUAGAGGUGCCCGAAAACCAGCCAGUUGCCCAACUUAGCACAGCUUUUAUGUGUUGUGAAACCUGAGUAAAAUAAAGGUCAUUCCGCAGGAUCUUCACCAACUUGAAACCUGACAUAAUACCUGUUAUUACAGCCAUUAAGGAGCACCAAAUGGCAGCAGGAUCCAAUUAACAGCCUAUUCUCCAACAUACAAAAGUAUUUUAAUAGAAAUAUUUGCACCAAAAUACUCCAAAGUCUUCAAGCAGAAAACUCCAUUACAUAAAUGGGAACAAAUUAUGUAAACUUGAAAUAUAUAUGUAAUGUUUUAAUAUAUUUCUCUGCUUCAAAAGGGGACUAGGGAGUAGAGAAACAGGGCUCAAAAUAAGAUGAGCAUAUGAGAGUUCAGGAGCUGUACCAGCUGACCAUAUUGACAUUUUACUAGUUUCUGAGGCCUGCAUGCCAUAGUUCACGCUCCUUUUCACUACAGAAGUAGCCAAAGCUCCUAAAGUAGUUUUUCUCCACAGAUCACAGUAGUUGGCAAGAAUGUGUUUGCUAAGAGUCUCAUGAACCUGCUCAGGAGAGCUUUAAACUAGAUCCUGAGGGAGAGAGACAACAUUACUGACAGCAGAAGAACAUAUGGUACUAGGGAUAAUAGCUUCACUGGUGCACAGAAAACUGAGGUGGUGCUCCAGAAACCUGCCAAAGGGCAAGAAACUACAAGAAGUAAGCGGCUGGAGGGAAUGACUCAUGAUUUCAGUUAUCUCUAUACUAAUGCACAAAGUAUGGGAAACAAGCAAGACAAAUUGGAACGUUAAUAUAGGAUGGCAAAUAUACCUAGCAGGCAUUACUGAAACCUGGUGAGAUGAGACUCAUGACUAGAAUGUAAGAACUGAGGAGUAUAACCUGCUCAAAAGAAAUAGACCAAACAGUAAGGGAGGGAAAGUAGGAUUAUACGUAAAGGGUGUGUACACUUGUGAAGAAAUCCAUGACCUGUAGCACGGAAGGAAGAUUGAGAGUUUAUGUGUAAAAAUUGUAGGAGACAAACAACAAAGCCCCUUCCAACUCUACAAUUCUAUGAUUCCAAUGUACAGUCAUACCUUGGUUGUUGAACGGAAUCCGUUCUGGAAGUCCAUUCGACUUCCAAAAAUGUUCGACAACCCAAGGCACAGCUUCCGAUUGGCUGCAGGAGCUUCCUGCACACAAUCGGAAGCCACGUCGGACAUUUGGCUUCCAGAGAACGUUCACAAACCGGAACACUCACUUCCAGUUGAGUACUUCCACCAUCUCUCAACCUCUUCUACGUUACCAUAAGCUCCUGGAAGGAAGGGUAUGAUACAAAUGUGUGAACAUGGAAGGUAUUAGCGUUCCCUCAGUAUCGCUUCUUCCUCUGCAAAUGGGUAUAUUAUAAACACACCCAGACCAUGAGGGUUAAACCAAAAUGCUUCUAUAAAUAAAAUUUCCCAUUCCCCCCCCCCAAUUAUUCAAAAAACAUUUAAAAAAACCUCAAAUUAUUCAGCUAAAACUUGUGGUGUUGACAGCAGAGCUUGUUUGGUUGUUCCCACCUAGGAUUAUUACUCUGCAGCUGUCUGAAAUGCAGAUUAAGUCAGUGCCUCAGGGUGACAUGGGAAGAUCGGUCUCUUAGCUGGGAAUUAAUUGAAAUCCAAGUCUUCUGAGUCCAGCACCACAUCUGCUAGGUGUACUCUCUGCUGCUACAUUUGACAAUUUCUUUGAAAAAGAAACAGGUAGUUUUAAUACAACCUGAGCAGUAGGUAAUUCACUGGGCCUUUUGUACUGCCAUUCAUUUCAACGUGAACUUUAUAUGUAAACAAAGUAGGAAUAAAAAGUUUAAAUGGUAGCCUUUACAACAGUGGUAUUAUGGUAAGUCAUUUAGGUUCAUCCCACGUUGCUGCAGCACCACUUAAAGGCUCAGCAACAUAUGGAAGGGUCUGAUCAUGCACAUCAGGAGUUACAACUGGGUGGAAAGAACCAUUGCAAAUGGUCCCGCUCAUGUGGUACCGGGCCUUUAAAUGUUACAGCUCCCACCCCACUGAUGUAACGUCAAAGGCAUUAAUAUCCUAGCAUUUUUCUUCCUACAUUGUCUUCCCAUCCUAAUAAUAUCUUCUGCAUAUCAUAUCUAUGACUGAUUUAUUGUGAAACUUGGAACAAUUUAUAACCCAUAGUUUUGUCUGCCCAUCUGGGGUUAUGUUAAUUGGUUUUUAAUUUAAUUUUGCAUUUCACUCUUCCUCCAAGAAGCUCAGGAAGGAAUAUAUGUGAUCAUCCUACUUUAUCCUUGCAACAGCUGAGGCUAAAGUAGAGUGAAUAUCCCACACUAAAGGAGUAACUAGCUCCUGUUGAAUGUUCCACAUUACUAAAAGUGAGCGUCACUCAGAAUUUUGUAGGCUUUGUCCUGAAAGCACCAUGUGGUUACACAGCAUACAAUUCUGGUGACCCUCCUACAGGCCAGAAUUGUUAAUCCUCCUGAGAUUCGGUAAUCCCUGUGCCAGCUGCUUGAUGCCAGACUUCUUGCUUCCCUACCACACAAGGGGAAAGAGGGCUUAAAUCUACAUUUAUGAAUGUAGUUUCUUUCCCUGACCGCCAAGCAAAAUAGGAUCCAGUCCACUUUGGUAGCUUCAUUCAGUAACGCUUAACACAACUCACAGAAUCUUCUCCCUUCGCGUGCUAACUAUAUGGUGUUUUAAAAAAAAAACCACAGCAAGAAAAGAAGUUACCACUUUGCAUUGCAAUCUUACACUUAAACUGGUUGUGUAAAUCCGCCGCAAAUAUUUAUUUACUUUUCUGUGUGUGGUGUUUUGUAUAGUUCACAAUGUGAGUGGUGAGAGUUUCUUAUGUAGGAUCUUAUGAGUCUUCAGUUUAGUCUGUGCGUUUCACACCCCCAGGCCACAUGGAAAGGCACGACAAGAGAAACUGAGACAGUGCUAGGCAAAUCAAUAGCCUUAACAAAGCAAAGCAAAGAUCACUACUGAAAAAUAAUGGUUUAAUGUAAGCAUAAAUGGAUCCUCACUGUGGUAAAAAAAAAGACAAGACCCUAAUUUCAGAUAUGAUCUUGAAUCCUGGAACGAGGACAACAGGGAGAAUAGUUCUCAAGUCAUUAAACAUUUUUUUUAAAAAAAACUUUUACUGCUCUUUUUGGAGAUUAUAUAUAUAUAUAUAAUCUCCUUAACUCAUCAGCAUUCUGCAAACUACAUUUGAGGCAGCUUUACCUUAUAGUGCCUAUAUGAAAACAAAAGGAAGCACCAGAAAGUUAAACUGGCUGCUCAUGUUCUUAAAAAAUGUACAAGCAAGAAUAUUGGUACAAUGCCCACCUUGCAAUUAUUUUAAGUUACAAAAGAUCAAGACACAAGCCCCCACUCAAAAAUAUUAAUCUAAUGGAUUUUAGUAUUUUAGUCCAAUGGCAGAAAAUGAAAAAAUACAGAACCUUCCUGUGUGUGUGGUUUUUUAAAAUAAACUUUAAAGGUGCCAUGCGGGGGGGGGGGCCCUACAGCUGUCUGCCUAUCUGGCAGCCUUGAUCUACUCUUGAGGAGCUUCUGUGCCUGCAAAUUUUACCCACUUUUGCCAAGAGAGUGAAUGUGGAACACAAAUCUUGUUAUAAACAGAGUGGCUCAGGACUCAAAUCACAGACAGACAAGAGCAACCUAGGAACAGAUUGGGGGGGGGGUUAAAGCACAGAUUCAAAAUGAAUCCUGAGGCCAGUUCACACCCCCAAUAUAUACAUUUACGAAUGAGUUUGAAACACUGACUUAAUUGUCAAUAAAUGCAUUUUGCUGCCUGUCAGCAUCAAUACAGACAUCUUUUAACGAUUCUUUAUCAUUUUUUUCCUCUCAAAAAAAUAACUAAUGCUAAUCAAAGCUACCCUUGGCUUUAUUCUUCCUGAGUUUCUGAAUGCCAAUUCUUGAGCAGCAUGCCAAGUCUGCUGAGAGAUGACUGUAUAAUUUUCAAUUGGGCUUGUAGCCCAAAGGGAAUCCAGUAGCAGGAGAUUGACAGAUGGAGCAUAUAUUAUCAUCACUUUGAACUCAGUCCAAUUGGUGAUUUAUUUUAUUUUUAUUUCCGGCAGGUGCUAAAGAGAUUGAUAUUGCUGCUACUCUGGAGCACUUGAGAGACCAGAGACCUGGCAUGGUCCAGACAAAGGUACUGUCAAUAAAUCCACUUGGGUUAAAGACCUUAAUACUUUGCUUUCGUUCUCCCAAAAGAAAAGGAGGAUAGGGCACAAUUUAACACAAAGUGCAUUCUUUUGUGUUUGCUUUUUCUUCUGAAAAUUCUUACUUUUGAUCUGGAUUGAAAUGUUAAAUAUAGCAAUCUUUAGAUGACUAAAGAAAAUGUGUGUUCAGAAGAAAACACUUUCCUAAUCUUCAAGGAUAGGUUACUUCCUAAAAAAAUAAUGCAAGUUCACGGAAAAUAUAGUGACCGUUAUCUGAAUGGUAGGGUUCAUCAAGCAUACUUAGCAAGAAGGCUGGAGUUCAAGAAGAGUUUGGAUUUGAUAUCCCGCUUUAUCACUACCCUAAGGAGUCUCAAAGCGGCUAACAAUCUCCUUUCCCUUCCUCCCCCACAACAAACACUUUGUGAGGUGAGUGGGGCUGAGAGACUUCAGAGAAGUGUGACUAGCCCAAGGUCACCCAGCAGCUGCAUGUGGAGGAGCGGAGACGCGAACCCGGUUCACCAGAUUACGAGUCUACCGCUCUUAACCACUACACCACACUGGCUCUCGAGACAAGAUUCUCAAAUUAGGACAAAAUAGGUUAAACAUUAAGUUGAUGGAAUAUAUCAAAGAAAUCAUACGUUUGAAAAAAGUUAGAAGUCUUAAGUAGAAGUACUACUAGGCCACAGGAGUAAUAUAGUACCAGGUAUGUAUUGGCUUGGAUCUAAAAGUUCCUUCUUCUCAUGCCAUGACACUUCUGCUUAUACAAGUGUGGGCCUCCUGUUUUUACUUAUUUCUUCUUCCUGCUAGGGCCAUAGCCCAUGCUGUUCCGAAGGUUUCCCUAAUCCUCAAGAGCAGGUUUUUGGAAGUUGGGAAGGGACUAGAGUGGGAAGUGGAAGGCAGUAGAGCUCCAUUAUUUGAGUAGGAAGUAUGUUAAUGGAAGUCAGGAUCCAAGCCAUUAUCACUUCCAAAAGUGAUUUUGAUAGGAAAAACCACCGCUAGGGAGACAGAACAGGUUGAAAUAAAAAUAAUAAAGUUAUGUAAUAAUAGAUUAUUUACACAAAUUGAAUAAGUAAAUGUAAAGUUGUGCUACGAUGGGAGAUACACGUUCCAGUAAUCCUCUUUGAAGGUUGUGUGUGUUAGUUAGACAAGUAGAAGACCACUUGCACAACUCAAAUUUCUUGUCCACUUCUUCUCCUCUGCAGCCCUGUAGCCUUCAUAAAGCUUCUCCAGAGGGUGGUUGGGGAUUGUAGGCUCCGUUGUAUAGGACUGUAGUAGACUGGAGGGAUUGUGUGAAAUUGCAAGACUCCACCACCCAGUUUCAGGUAUUCUCCCCCACCUUCUGCAGCAGACCUAUACAACACAGCCCAUCCUGUUCAGAGUGGGGACCCAACUCUCUGGAAUGGCUUUUCCAAGAGUGGAGAGGAGAAAGUUUGAUUGUGCAGGCUGUUUUCUGCUCAGGCAGCCAUUGGAUCCAACCCAACAAUUUAAAAAAAUGUCUAAGAGCACAAUUAGGGUAUGAUCUAGAAUUCUGAUUUAUUCUAUUCAUUUACGUUUUGCAUGUAGUCACAGAUCGGCUCUGGGCUAAAGCUUUUUUUAAAAAAUGUAUUUGAAAGGACUUCAAUAGUAUCAGGCUAAAGUUAUUGAUGAUCUGGUAUAAAAAAAAAUGGAUUCAAGGUUUUGCUCACCUUCCUUUUAACUAUUCAUCCCCUUCUAAAAUUGCCCAAAUUACUUUGUUGUGCCAAGGACACUGCAAACUCUAAAUAUUUGGCUAUGAGCCAGUAAUGGGCAGUCUCCAGAGAAUUUUGUACAUGUGAUAGAUUUAAACAAACCAUGUUCUCUCCCAGCUGAAUACAAAUAAGGGAUGAGCCUCUUACAGUAAUUUAAAACAGUGGAUUAAAAAUCAGGAUAGAAAUGCCAAUUAGAGUGUGUAUCUCUAGGCAAAAUAAACAGCAGUGACAUUGGGUUUACAAGCAGACACUGCACCAUGUUUUCAUAGCUCACUGGUCAGUGGAAAUGAUCCCUUUCAAUAUGUUUGUUGCUGUUUUUAAUCAUGACUGUCUUCCCUAUAUUUAGGGUCUAGGGGUUACAGGGGAGACACUUAACAAUCCACAUAAAAUGAACACACAUUUUCUCCUUAAAUUUAUAUCCCACUUUCUUCCGUUACGAAACCCAGGGUAGUGCAUUUAUAGUUUCCAAGUAGUCUCUCAAUUAUGGUUGUAAAUUUUUUAGUGAUUAUGUUAUGUACAUCUGGAUCCUGGUGAUAAGGAUAGACAGGCACAUCUGAUUAAAUGCAUACACGUACAGUGGUACCUCGGGUUACAUACGCUUCAGGUUACAUACGCUUCAGAUUACAGACUCCGCUAACCCAGAAAUAUUACCUCGGGUUAAGAACUUUGCUUCAGGAUGAGAACAGAAGUGUUUCAGGUUAAGUAUGGACCUCCGGAACAAAUUAAGUACUUAACCCGAGGUACCACUGUAGAAUCUUGGAAGUGAGCUGCUAGCAUGCAUUUCCCAGAGUGUAAGUAGUAAAACCUCUGAAAAUCUUGUGACACAGUUGCACAAUAAUUGGCCUAAAAGAGGGCUGGGAACGCCCCCUCCAGAUGAUGGGGAACUCCCCAUCAGCUCUGACCACUGACCAUGCUGGGUAUGGUUGGUGGAAGUUGCAGUCCAAAAAUAUCUGGAGAACCACAGUUUCCUCAGCCCUGUUCUAUAAUCACCCGGUGUUGAAACUAGGAGUGUGGGGGCAGAUCUACACUACAUGUUUAAAGCCCACCCAAUGCACAUAGCUCCCCCCCCCCCCAAAGAAUCCUGGGAACUGUAGUUUGUUGGGAAUUAUAGCUCCGUGGGAAGGAAACCACAGUUCCCAGGAUUCUUUGGGGAAAGUCAUGUGUUUAAAAUGUGCAUUGGGUGUGCUUUGUAUCUCAGGUGGAGGGAAAGUCCUUGUGGUGUAGUGGUUAAGAGUGUCAGUCUACAACCUGGGAGAUCACGGUUCAAAUCCCCACUUGGCAAUGAAGUUCACUGAGUGGUCUUGGGACCAGCCCACUGCCUCUCAGCCUAACCUACCUCACAUGGCAGUUGUGGGGAUUAAAUGGGGAGAGCCAUGUACGCCACCUUGAGUUCCUUCAAUAAAAAGGUGGGAUAUAAAUGCAAUAAUAAAUUAAUAAAUAAUUGGGAGUCCCAUGUGGGCUGCUCUCAUUCUCUCAAAGAAAGAGAGGAUCGUGUAUAUGUAUAUAUAAGGAAUACACAACGUGUCUUGUUGAUUAUGUUAGGUCUGAGGCCUGUUUCCUAUGUUACUCUCCCUGUUUCCUAUGCUUUGCUGUCCAAUUUUCCCAUACAAACUGGCAAGAUUUCCAGGUUGAUCACUGCUCACAGGCCAUUCAUGUAGGCUAAUAGCUAGCAUUACUAAUGGUGCUGAUGAGUUAUUUGUAGUUAACUCUGAGCUGCAGUGAUUAAGCCACAUGGUGGGCACACAUUGAGUCUAUAAUCUUAAUCUCAGGACAUUUUCUUCUCUGCCUCUUUUUUGUUGUUGUUGUUCUGUUCUGUACAGUUAGUCCCUAGAUAUUUUGCUAAAUGUUUCACCAGGAUUCCUGGAAAUGCUCCAGAACAUUAAUCCCGACUGUUCUAUCUACAGGAACAGUUUGAGUUUGCGUUGACGGCAGUUGCGGAAGAAGUGAACGCAAUCCUCAAAGCUCUUCCACAGUGA